AUGGAGGCGGCUUCGGAUGGAGCACCUAGCUCCCCGACCACUCCAGAAGCUGCUGUGGUUGAUGUGAAGAGUUUCACAAAUUAUCUUCGUCGAAUUGUACCGCUCCUUCUCGAAGGUGACCCCGAAAUACCUCUCGAGCUCGACACAGCUCUCAAAGAUGCCCUACACGUCGAUUACAUCAGGAAAUUUGUCUCUGAUGCUCAAACGAGAAGUCUACUUGUUCAGCGAACACCACUGAAAGAUGAAGAAGAAAACGAUGAGACCUCGUCCACCGAGAGUGGCGCAGAAAACGAGCGUGAAAGAGCAAUUUAUUCGCUAGACUUGGAUGUCCAUUACACAGCUCCAAAGCUUACGAGUGUAGCCUUCAUCAAGCGAGGGGCCAUUGUCGAUGCCGACAAGAAGAUCACAACACAGAUCCGUGUGAUAAAUUUAAACGAGGGCUCGCCUUAUGAAACUCUUCAUUCCUAUAUUAGCAAUGCUGUGGCGCCAUAUUUCAAGUCAUUUGUCAGGAAAUCUGGAAAGGCGGACAGGUAUCGCAACGCUUACAUUUUAGCUUUUGUGACCAUUAUUUUGAUCAGAUGUACUUUUUUCUUUAUUUCAAUUGGUGUCAUGUGCAAUAACGUUAAAGGAAGUUUCCGAAAAAUACACUUUUUUGUAGGAUCACGCUAAUUGUGAAUUUGGGUGUGUUGAAGAAAAGUGUUUAUUAGUUAAUAUGCAAAUUUAUUUGGAAUGUCUAUAUUUUCACUGAAAUGUCUGGAAAUGGCAAAGAAAAUCAGUUUAAGCUUUUUGACGCUUUUUACAGUCUCAAAUACACGCUUUUAAAUUUGUUGACUUGCUGUCUCCUAUCUGUGUGAACAUAACUUGUGAAAAUUGCAAGACCCAAAUAUAGGAAUCAAAGUACAUGCAAUGUUCAAUGUUGAUUAAUAUUGCUCUCCUGUGGUACAUCUGUUCUAUCGCAUCCUAAACAGUUUUUACUUUCGCUCCCAGAUGUAAACAAAGAGUAUUUCAUUUUACCUUCUCAAUAUACCAGAAAAUUAGAAAACUGAUGGGAAAAAAUUGUAAUCUAGGCGAUUGUUUACAUUUGACAACGCUCAGAGCUAAAAUUAUUAGCAAUGUAUGUCAUGCUGUGUGGAGAAUUGAUAUGCAGAUCUUUGUUGUUAAAUCAUUAAGUUAAUUAUGUAAAGCACCCUCUUUAGCUUCCCCAGAAAAUCCUGUUUUUUUCUAUUAAACCAGUAUUAAUAUCUGUAUGCAGAUUGUGGGUACAUAGCUUUGAUUUAGACAGACGCAUUAAUUUUUCAUAAUGAGACUGAACCCUUUAACUCUCAGAAGUGAUUAACAUCACGAUGUUACUUCUCUCUAUGAUUUCCAUACAUUAUCCAGCAAACAGGUGAUGAGAAUAUUCAAACUUAUCUGGUAGAAGUUGUUAUCUUAAUCUAACACCAAAUUCUCAUCUCGUGUAGUAGCUCGAAGGAAGAAUUUUCAAUCAGUUCUUGGGAGUUCAGGGGUUAACCAAAAGUGCUUGAUAAUGAUGGAAAAUUUCCAGAAGCUACUUGUAUGAGCUGUGUAAUGAUUUAACAGACAGUCCCUCUGAAUCAAGCAGCUUUCAUUGAUAGGAAUUAACUAUAAAUGUCCUUUAUUCUAAGCAUCAUGAAAUAUCUACUUCAUUGCUUUUUUUGCAGAGAUGGUGAUAAAAUGGUCCCUUCUGUGGAAAAGAAAAUUGCUGAGUUGGAAAUGGGGCUGCUUCAUUUGCAGCAGAAUAUUGAUAUCCCAGAGAUCUCUUUAGCAAUUCACCCUGUGGUGACAGCAAUGGUGAAGAAGUGUGCAGAAGAAGGACGAAGGCCUAAAGUACAAGAUUUUGGUGACAAAGUUGAGGAUUCAACUUUCUUGAAUCAACUUCAGAAUGGUGUCAACAGAUGGAUUAGAGAAAUUCAAAAGGUUUGGAAACACAAGCAUUGCUUUUAUGUCUUAAUGUUGUGAUGCUUUGAUCAUGUUUGUGAGUUGAUCUAAUUGAACACUGAUUUUUUAAAUGGCAGAGACAGUAACUGGUAUAAUUUUAUUGACAAGCUCAGGCCAAAGCCGGGUAAUGCAUGCAUGCAGUUUCAUGAGCAAGACAUUAAACCCUUAUGGUGCCUUUUGCUGUCCAGAAUCAUGAAAGGUUGUCAUGACAGUCUAAGAAAAUUUUGGCAAUACUUUUUGAUGGCAUAGAACCCAUUCUUGUUAUUGGAAGCUGGUAGGUGGCACAACCGGCUAGCUGUCAGACUCUUUUGCACUGGCUACUUUGUGAAUUGUGACCCAAAAGCAGAAAAUAUUUAUUUUUGAACUGAUUCUUAUGUUAGUUUAUGGCUAAAAAAGUUCCCCAACUAAUUGUCUCAUAAUGCUGCAAAUCACUUAUUAGAAAGUUUCAAAUUUUUAAGAUAUUCUGGGGGAACAUGCCCUCAGACCCCCUUAAAAGGGUGUGUUACAAAAUAGCAAGCACAAUUCAAUUUAGUGACUAGCUCAGUUCAGAUCGUAUAUCUAUUACAUUUUAUAAUUACAAUGUUGUUGUUGUUCAAGCCCCAGGAAUAUGUUCAGUGGGUUAAUUUCAAGAAUAUUUUUUUUCUUUUCUUUGCAUUUCUUUUGUGUAGGUCACAAAAUUAGACCGUGAUCCAGCAUCUGGUACAGCUUUGCAAGAGAUAAGCUUCUGGUUAAAUCUUGAGAGAGCCUUGCUAAGAAUCCAGGACAUCAGAGAGAGUCCAGAUAUUGCACUUACCUUGGAUAUCUUAAAACACGGCAAAAGGUUUCAUGCUACUGUCAGCUUUGACACUGAUACAGGUACAGUUAAAGUUUAUUUGAACCCUUCUUUUCCAAUAGGAACAGCUGAACCCUUCAUCUCCCAAAAUUGAUUAAUAUAUAAGUUCUCCUUAAAAUAUCCAUACAUUAUUCAUCAAACAGGUGAUGAGAAUACUCAAACUUAUCAGUUAGAGGUUGUUAUCUUGAUCCAACACUAAAUUCUCAUAAUCAUUUGCAAGGAAAUGUAAGGCAGCCAGAGGGAGAAUUAACAAUCUGAUCUUGGGAGUAUAAGGGGUAAUGUUGUAAAGUCAAACUUACAUUUUAGAUUUUACAACCUAAAGGCAUGCAUGGCUCAUUAUUUAAUUGAUGUUUUCUGCAGGAUUAUCCGUUUACAUGUAAAUGUUGAAGAAACAUCACUAUUUACUUUGAUAUGUAAGCUUUAGGGUACAUUGAUUUAAUUUUUUCUCUUCAUUAAAGGUUUGAAGCAGGCCUUGGCAACAGUGAAUGACUACAACCCACUCAUGAAGGAUUUUCCUCUGGAUGACCUUCUGGCAGCAACAGAACUGGACAAGAUCCGAGCUGCGUUGAGUGCAAUUUUCUCUCAUUUGAAAAAGAUCCGUAGCACAAAGUAUCCAAUCCAAAGAGCACUGCGUCUCGUAGAAGCAAUCUCCAGAGACCUCAGUUCACAGCUUUUAAAGGUACAGUACAGCUGCAUAGAUUCUCCCUUUUAUGUCUUCAGUAAGGAGUAAAGAACUUGUUUGCUUAUGUAGAAGGAAUUUAUUUGUUUUUGUGAUGAGCAUUGGAUGUCAAAGGAACUCCGAGUCCUCUGUAGGGAGUUAUUGCUUACCUUCAUAUUUCUUGCUGCGAGGGUCUAUUACACAGCAAAAUUAUGGUGGCAGGAACUUUGAGCAACAGUUCUGCCGGAGUGUAAAGAUAGUUGCACAUGCAACAGUUAAAAUAACAAUGAUAGAUUUAUUUUCAUUGGCAACUUUUAAAAUUCAAAUUUAGUCUGAUGAUAUAAAUGAUAUUGCCAUGAAAUAUCGGUAUUAAAUGUGUGGUAAAAACUAAAUGCAUCUUUGGAUCCUAAGAUAAUGAGAUGGACAAGGCUGUAUCUUGACAAUUUAUUCAUGAAGAUAAAUUUUUUUAAACUGCAACUUCCCAUGACCAGAAUAAUGAAUCAACAAUUUUUGGUUGAUUUUAUUUUCCAGGUAUUGGGAACCAGAAGAUUGAUGCACAUCACUCAUGAAGAAUUUGAAAAAGUAAGGAUACAAAGCAGACAACUUUAAUAAUAUAAUUGUUUUAUGUCAAAUACAAAACUUCCAGUUUAUAUAAUUGUGGUCUUAAUAAUUUCUUGUAGAUUAUGGUAGCUUGCUUUGAAGUGUUCACAACAUGGGAUGAUGAAUAUGAAAAGCUUCAAACCUUGUUGCGAGACAUUGUAAAGAAGAAGAGAGAAGAAAGUUUGAAGAUGGUGUGGAGAGUGAAUCCAGCUCACAAAAGACUUCAGGCCAGGCUUGACCAGAUGAGAAAGUAAGAAGAGUGAACCCACUGAUAAAUUAUGUGACCACUUUUCUUUUCUAACAUGUAGAAGUCCCCAUUUUUCAUGUUGGGUGCAGCUGUAAAUUUAUUUUUCCCAAAUAAGGUACUAGUCUAAUAUUGUUUUUCAUUUAAAUUUGCUAUCCCAGAACUCAACAAUAUUGAUAACAAAUUUCAGAUUUCGCCGUCAGCAUGAACAACUCCGAGCUGUCAUUGUCCGUGUUCUCCAGCCUCCUACUGUUGGCCAAGCAUCUCCUCCCAGCCCUGGUGGUCCCCCUCAGACAGAGGAUGAGGAGACAAAACCAGAAGUGCUGCUUGACCCAGCUGAUGCUAAUGCUAUACAGGAAGUAAACCUGGCAUAUGAAAAUGUCAAGGAAGUUGAUGGACUUGAUGUGUCAAAAGAUGGCUCAGAAGCUUGGGAGGCAGCCAUCAAGAGGUUAGUUAGUUCCCAAUUGACUUGCAGGAUAACUCUCUCUUACAGUAUUGUGCAAAAGUGGUGCAAAAAGAUAUUGCAAUUUUCGGUUUUUGUUCUAGCAAUCUUUUAUUGAGAGUUUGAUUAAAAAUUUGGUCGAAAGUUCCAAGACCUUUUAAGUAAUAAUUUUCUUGCUUUCAUUGCCUUUCUGUUUGACACUAUAUUAUCAAAACAGUAAUGAAAAUUUGAUAGGUGAUCUGGGGCCUGUUUCUUGAAAGUCCCUGUAACUGAACAGGUCUAGCCAAUUUCGAAAUCAAAAUUUAAAGAAUAAGGAAGCAGGUGCUAGCACCCUUAACAAUCCAUUUGUUUCUGAAGCUGAUAGUUUCAUUGUGUGAUUUUAAAAAUAUUUGAAACACCCAUCUUGAUUGAGGACAGAAGAACUUUAUGGACCAUUAAGUUGCUGGAACCCUCAAGGCCCUUGGUUACUCCUGGAGUAAAACAUUUUAAUAUCUUCAGAAAUCUAUGCCUAUCAAAUAAAAGAAAAUUGUCUAACAAAGUGCUCUCUUUAUGUUUCCUUGUCAGGUAUGAUGAGCGCAUAGACAGAGUGGAGACUCGCAUCACAGCUCGGCUAAGAGAUCAGCUUGGAACUGCAAAGAAUGCCAAUGAGAUGUUCAGGAUCUUCUCAAGAUUCAAUGCUUUGUUUGUGCGUCCACACAUCAGAGGUGCAAUCCGGGAAUAUCAGACUCAACUGAUCCAGAGGGUGAAGGACGAUAUUGAGGCUCUUCACGACAAGUUCAAGGUUUGAUAUUCCUACGAUGUGUGCUUCUCCUUGAUGCCUACAAUAGCAUUUAUUCUGCUUACACCUGUGUAAUUUUUAGUGUGGAGUGUAAUCCAGGAUUACACUGGUUCUGCUGUACCCUGCCAUAUGAUUGAUCAACCAACUAGAUUCAAAAUUUAAAAAAAUCAAAUUUGAUGUUAAAUAAGAAUAUAUAUAUAUAUAUAUAUAUCAUUGAUAGCAAUUAAUAUUAAUUUUGUCUCAUUUACAGAUUCAGUAUCCAUACAGUAAAGCUUGCAAGAUGAGCAAAGUAAGAGACUUGCCUCCUGUGUCUGGCUCCAUCAUCUGGGCAAGACAGGUAAGUUUUUAGUUAUCUUCUAGGCGCUAGUGUAUUUUUGGAGGAGUUUAAAACUAUACACUUGUUUGAUCUCAUGGUAAUAAACACUUGACUGACAACAACUCUUUGCUGGACUCUGAUUAUGACUCGUGCUGAGGUUGUAGAAACUUCAGUCAUCAAUACCAAGAACAAUCCUUCUCAGGACUACAGUCAACCUGGAUGAUCAGACCACCCCAUUAAAGGUGAUGAUGUUCUGUUCAUUAAUAGAGUUUUCUUCUCUUCCAGAUCGAUCGGCAGCUCUCUGCCUAUAUGAGGCGUGUUGAAGAUGUGCUUGGCAAAGGCUGGGAAAAUCAUGUUGAGGGACAGAAGCUGAAGGCAGAUGGUGACAGCUUCAGGCAGAAACUUAACACUCAAGAACUGUUUGAUGAUUGGUCAAGAAAGGUUGGUAUCACACAGUGUGCUACAUAUUGUCUUUCACAUUAAAAUUAAAAAAAAAAAAAGUUGGUAAUUUAUAACUGGAAGUGGAAGUGUUAAGUGGUGCAAUGGAUGAAUGAUGACUGACUGAUUACAAUGUGACUGACUAAAUUGAUGAGUAAGUGAUUGAGGAAGUUAAUAAAUGAAUGACUGUGAAUAACAAGAGACAAAGAAGGAAAGUAAAAAUUUCAGGGCUUUCUAUUUUCACUAGUGGAGGUGAAAUUUUUUCCUAGCUCAUAUUUGGUUGAACAUGUAUAUUUUCCUUGUGCAAACAGGUGCAGCAGCGAAAUCUUGGAGUUUCUGGUCGAAUCUUCACCAUUGAAAGUACCAGAGCUAGAGGAGGUGGCAGAGGAAAUGUGCUGAAACUGAAAGUCAACUUUUUGCCAGAAAUCAUCACACUUUCCAAGGAGGUAUUUGAAAGUACAUUGUUCUCAUGAAUUGUUUCUGUGUGGUUGCCCAAUUUUCUGCAGUGGAUGCAAAUGUAGUUUUACCAUCAAUGAUACAUUCUACAUAACACAAUUAUUCCUUGUAUGAAUUAUGAAAAUGCUGCCAUUGGCCCCACGUUUAAACCAAGGCUAUGUUUGAAAUCCACUUAAAUGUAUUUUUAAAAAAAUGACAAGCCUGUGACUUUUGUUUGAAUUCCAGGUUCGUAACUUAAAAUGGCUGGGUUUCCGAGUUCCACUAGCAAUUGUAAACAAAGCACAUCAAGCAAACCAGCUUUAUCCAUUUGCCAUCUCAUUGAUUGAAAGUGUGCGCACAUAUGAAAGGACUUGUGAAAAGGUAAGACAUGAUACUUUACACUCUUCCACUCCAAGAUCUGAAUAUCAAUUCUCCACACUGUCUGCCAUACUUUCCUUUUAAAUUUAAAUCUAGGAAUUUCGUGUGAAAUCAGAUUGUAUCUCUGUAGGUAGUACAGUAUAUUUUUUUACCUCUCAUCACCUUUCUACUUGAAACUAUUUGGAUAUUUUAAAGGUAAACUCAUUCUUGGUCAUUCCUUGGAGUAAUUCAAAAGAAGGUGGUGUUUGAUAUAGUUGUUCCUAUUAUUAAAUUUUUAACUAAUGAAGUUUUCUGGCACACUAGUGAACAGCGUGCUACUUAAAAAAUAAACUGAACAAGUUAAGAUCAUCUUCUCCUUACGGGGCUCCUCUCAAAGGUGCCUAGGAGUCAUCUGUACCCCAGAACCUCCCUUCCUUUUUGAUACAGUUUUAUGUAAUUUUAUUCCUCUCAGGUUGAGGAGAGGAACUCCAUAUCAAUUCUUGUGGCUGGCUUACGCAAAGAAGUACAAGCCCUAAUUACUGAAGUGAGUACAACAUAUUUUGAGUUUAUAAAAACUUAAUAAUUUAUUGACUUAUAUUGCAUAAUUAUCAAUGUAAAAUUUUCAUCUGUGUAUUACAUCAUUAAAAAUUCAACUAUACCUAUAUACUGAAGUGGAGGUGCGGUGGCCUCAUGGUUAGUGCACUCAACUCCGAAUUGGGUGGUCCAGGUUCGAGCCCUGGCAGGGGUAAUUGUGUUGUUCUUAGGCAAGACACUUUACUCUCACAGUGCUUCUCUUCACCCAGGUGUACAAAUGGGUAUCAGCAAAUUUGCUGGGGGUAACCCUGUGAUGGACUUGCAUCCCAUCCAGGGAGGAUACUCCUAGCCGCUUCAUGCUAAGAAAACCAGAGAAAACCAGCAUUGGCCCCAUGGGCCACUUGGGCCCAUAUAAAGGCUUUUUUACUUAGAAAAUUUAAAUAAAAAUUGACUCAGGAAAAAAAAGUUCAAGUUUAUUUUUUCACUUCUUAUACAUGUAAUAAUGUGGAUUACAAUUCUCCUCUUUCUUCAUUUUUCAGGGUAUGGUGCUUGUUUGGGAGUCUUACAAGCUUGAUCCCUAUGUGCAGAAAUUAGCUGAAGCUGUCUUCAACUACCAAGAAAAGGUACAAAGUUGAGGCUUUCACAGUAUAGUUUGAUCAUUACGAAUACAAUGUUUUUGUAGCUGUACUUACUUCUUAUCAAGGGAAAACUCCUACCUGUUUUUUGGAGAGGCUUAAUGUAUUCAUUAAACAUUGAACUUAAUAAUUCAUAGGUUGAUGACCUACUGAGCAGUGUUGAGAAGAUUGAUAUAGAGGUGCGUUCCCUUGAGACUUGCGCUUACAACAGUCAGACGUUCAGAGAUGUUCUGGGUAAAGUUCAGAGAGCUGUGGAUGAGUUGAACCUUCAUUCUUACUCCAAUCUUGCCCAGUGGGUUGGAACACUUGAUCAACAGGUAAGGGUUAACUUCCAUGCGUUACCAAAACAGAAUUUCUCCUUACGAUAUCAAUACAACAUCAAGCAGGCAAGUAAUGAGAAUAAAGAAAAAUAUCAAUUUGGGGAUAAUUAGUUGAUCCAAUACUAAAUUCUCUGAACUAACAUUAUAAGAAUUGUAUGAUUGACAGUAAGGAGAAUGACAAAUUUCAACAAUUAGUGAGGUCCAAAAAUAUGAAUGUAAGUUUUUGAUUUUUGUUGAUAUCAUUAAUUAUUCAUGACAUUAUAUUUUAGGUCGAGAAAUUCUUGUCAGGUCGUUUGGAGGCAGGCUUGAAGAGCUGGACUGAUUGUUUGAAAGGAAGCAGGACAACCAGACACAUUGAUGAUACAGACUCUUCCAUGAUGGCUCACAAGCCAGGGGGGGACCCUGAUAUUCAGGUGUGUGGAAUACAAGGAAACUGUUCUGAGUCAGUUCUUCAUAAAUGAUGGAUGCUUGAUGUUUCUUAAGGGCUAAAGCUAUAAUUAAAAGAAAGGAUCUAAUUUACUUGCUCAGUGAUUCAUUGAAGGAAUCAAAACAAAACAUUUUGCAUCAUAUUUGUUGAUAGUGUAUACAAAUACCUUGCUUGAUUGCUGCUGUUUGAUCUUUCUGCCGACGGCUAAAAACAAGCGGUUUUCACUGAGCUUGUGCACAAAGACUUGAAGUAGUCUUUGUAGUUGCAAGAUUUAUAUAUAUUUUGCACUUAUUUUUUGGCUUUUUUUUCUAAACAGAUCCUGAAGCAUGAGAUCCUUAUUCAGAACCAAGUGCUUUUCAUACAGCCUCCAGUGGAAAAAGUGCGAGAUCACCUGAUAGCCGAGCUGCACUUGUGGGUUGCAAUUAUUACAUUGCUGCCUCGCAUCCAGAGUUCCCGAUAUCAGGUUAGUACAUGAAGAGAUUAGUGCUUAUUGGGAGCAUUUGAUAGUAUGCCUGCCAAUUUAAUUACAUUAAGUCUUAUCCCACCCCUAUUGGUCAUAUCUGCUAUUGAAUCCCAAAACCUCUCUUUUCAAGUGUAAAGGGGACACUACUGCAUUUGAUUUAUUCUUCAACUUUGGAGUAAUCUUUAGAGCAUAUAAUUGUAGUUGAAAUCUUAAAUCUUUUAAGAGCAACCUUAAAACUUAUCUUUUUAAGUGCUAUUUUAAUUUGUAGGUUUGCUUUAUCAUUUUUUGAAUUUAUUAUCUACUGAGUUACUGCUUUAAACAUUUUAUUGUAAAGUGCCUUAGGCUCUAGAAUAGGCACUAUAGAAAUUUUUGUAUUAUUAUUAUUGUUAUUAACUAAUUUAGCCCCAAUUAAUUUUUUAAUAUUGUAGGUUGGUUUAGAGCGUGAUGAGUUUGAGACUGACACCACCUAUCGCAACCUCUUGGCAAAACUUCCUGAAGGUCCAGUUUACCUGCAAGCUGCUUAUGCGGCAAUUGAAGAGAAGGUUGCAAAGAUGGAAGAGUAUGUACAGGUUUGGUUGCAGUACCAGUCUCUCUGGGACAUGGACAUGAGUAUGAUCUACAACAGACUGGGAGAAAACAUGGAGAAAUGGAUGGUGCUGCUCAAAGAUAUCAAGUAAGGAAGAUGUCAUGUCAGAAUCUACACUUAACUCCUAACGUUUAGUAUGCGUAUUCUUCACACUGUUUUAUUUACAUUACCCAUCAUGUAGUUGAGGAGAAUUUGCUUAAUGCUCUGACCCCUUAGGGUGACUGGCAUCUAAUUUCUCCUUACAAUAUCAUCCCUGAAUCAAACAAUAAAGUCAAGAGAAUCAAAGAUAUCAUCAUUAACUAAAGAAGCUCUUGAUUGUUAAACAAAUUCUCUUUGUCAGAACCUUAAAAAAUGUAUAAAGAGCAGUAUGGAGAAUAUGCCUACUGAUGUUAGGGUGUAAAGGGUAAUCAGUCAAUAACUCCUUUAGUUGGAAAUAAUUUCCUUUAUCCCUAUAACCUUAGAGUUUGAAUCAGAAGUUAUACUGUGAAGAAAAAUUAGAUGGUAAUAGGUUUUUUUUGGGGGGGGGUUUAAAGGUGAACAGUCUUCUAUAUAAGGAAAAAUUGUUUAUUUAGUUAAAUCUGUGAACUGGUGAACUACUUGUAAUAAAGUCCUGUCUUGUAACUUUACAUGGUAAGCCAAUUAACAUGGCUUGUGUUUUAGUGAAUACAGCUUGUAAGAAUGCAUUCAGUUGUUUUUUUCUAUUGUUUUGGGUUGUAGAUGUUUACAUUGCUUUGCAUAUAUCUUUUUUGCCCCUCAGGCGAGCACGUGUCACAUUUGACACUUCAGAGACACAGAAAGUUUUUGGUCCCAUUGUCAUUGACUACCACCAGGUAUGUACUAUCUCCUAGCACCUUUUGUUUGGAUUAGAAACUGAAAACUCGUUUAGGUCUAGAACAGGUUGUAUUUAUGAUACUAACCCUUGUGAAGCUAUGCCUUACAUUUUUGAAGUUGGUUGUCUAUCAUGAGGUAACAAAUAUCUUUUCUCUGGAUUCAAGGUUCAAUCUAAAGUUAACAUGAAGUAUGACACCUGGCACAAAGAAAUCCUCAGCAAGUUUGCUUCACGCCUUGGAGAUAACAUGCAAGACUUCUAUGGCUCAGUCUCAAAGGUAAUUUUGCAUUUUCUUUUUUCUUCCUGUUGCAAGCUGAAAGUGGGUGUGUGGGGUAUCCAUGAAUAGCGGUCAGGUAUUCCACUAUAUUAAGAGGCAUUUUUUUAUUUUGUCAAUGUUUUAGGCUCGCACUGACAUGGAGCAGCAGACAAUCGAGGGAGCAUCCACAUCAGAUGCCGUUGGUUUCAUAACUGUGGUGCAGUCUCUGAAAAGAAAACUCAAGAACUGGGAAAAAAAUGUUGAGGUGUGACUUUUUGGAUGUUCUGAUCAUACCUUUCUAUUUCAAAUUGAUUUUUCUAAAUGAGAAGGAUCUUUCCUCUUGCAAGGCAUUUUAUGGUUUAGAAUAAUUUACAUAAUUAUCACAUUUUAUUUACAAAAUGGUAGAUGUACAAGGAAGGCCAGAGAAUCUUGGAACGACAGAGGUUUACCUUCCCUCCAUCGUGGCUGUAUGUAGACAACAUUGAGGGAGAGUGGGGUGCAUUUAAUGACAUUCUGAAAAGGAAGGACUCCAGUAUUCAGACACAGGUAACAAGAAGUAGAGAUCAAACCAAUCAUUGAGAAUCUUGAAUUAGUUGUUAACAAAAGGAAGCUACUGAGAUAUGAUCAAGUUGAACUGAGAGAUUCUUGGACACAGACCUAAGUCUUAAUUUACAAAUGUAAUUUUAGAGUGGUGUUCACCACUGUUUAUUAGACUUCUUUUUCAAUUCUUUGUUUUGGAAUUGAAUGUUUGCUGGAUUCAUAUUCUGUUUUGCUUUUCUGAAGGUUGCAACACUACAGAUGAAGAUCAUCUCUGAGGACCAAGCUGUGGAAACCCGCACCUCAGAACUGCUGUUUGAGUGGGAGAAAGGGAAACCAGUCCAGGGUAACACAAGACCUGAUGUUGCACUUAACAACUUGGCUAUCUAUGAGGGAAAGUUCUCCAGACUGAAGGAAGAUAGAGACAAUGUUGCCAGGGCUAAGGAAGCUUUAGAGCUUAUGGAGCCAGGUAUGAUUUGUGCUGUUAAAUUAUUUUUCUUAAUUUUUUUUUUCUUGAACACUGCAUACCUGGGAUAGAAAGUGCUGUGGCAUGGCUGUCUAGGUGAAUUUUGUCCUUGGAAGAUUGUUCUUAGUGAGUGGGGAUGAUGUUUGAAAAAACCUAAAUGGAAGACAUGUGACAGACAUUCAACUAUGUUCAUGACUUCCAUUCAAGCUAAUGAAAUGUCAUUGAAAGAUCUAAAGCAAUUUCUAUGGUGGUACUUUGGUAACAUUGGUUUAGUCUGCUGAUAUGAUCUGUCUUCUUGAAAUCUCCCUUCAGGAACAUUGGUGGCCAGUGAUGAGCGAGUCCAGGUUGGGUUGGAAGAACUGCAAGACUUGAAGGGUGUGUGGUCAGAACUUGCAAAGAUCUGGGAGAAAGUGGAUGAGUUGAAAGAAAAACCUUGGCUUUCAAUUCAGCCCAGGAAGGUUAGUUUUCUAGUGUAUACUGGGGUGCUAGACAUAGCAACUUGCUACCGUGAAAGGUUUAACGACUAGAUACCCAGAGGAAUUUCUUUUGCCUGUGCUUAAUACAGAAUUAGUAGAAUGCAGAAUAUUUGUCAGCAAUGGACUUUCAAAUGGAACAGAGUAAGAUAUGAGCAACCUUUCAACUUAAGCCAUUUGGGAUUAGUAGAAUGAAUGUUUCAAUAGUAAAGAGAGGAAUUUUAAACUGUAAUUGCUUUAAAGAGCAACUUAGAUGUCUUAUUCAGCAAUAUACUUAAUGCAGGUCAGGCAUAAUUUUUGUGUCUGCAUUCUUCUUUGAAGAGGUGUCUGUGAAUUACUUGCUGAUUUAUACAGAAAAUAUGGUGGGAAAAAACUGGGACUUGUGCUAGUGUCUGCUUAAUAUAGGGUGUGGUCAAUACUGGGUACAGUGUCAGUUUCUAUCUAUGCUGCACAGAAAGGCAAACUGUAGGACUUUCUCCCUUGUCACUGUAUUUGCUUUUAAUCUAUUGGUACAUUUACAUGUACACUGUACUAUGUGUUUGAUUUAAACAAAUUCAUUUUUGUCUGUUUAUUACUGUAGCUUCGUCAGUCUCUUGAUGCCUUGUUGAAUGACAUGAAGAACCUUCCUGCUCGGCUCAAGCAGUAUUCUUCAUUUGAGUAUGUCCAGAAGACAAUCAAGACUUACUUGAAGGUGAUUUUUAUCUCCUCACUAUGGUAUCUUACUUUUGAAGGUUUUGUGCCAAAUACACACUAGUCAUGCUGCUGCACCCUUUUACUCUCAAGAUAUAUUUUGUAUAUACAUCAAUUCUCCUUUCUGUCUGCCACACAGUUCUUACAAAUUUAGCCUGGAGAAUUUAACGUCCCAUCACAGAAUAUCCCUCAGUUGGUAUUUUUCUGUCUUCUUUUUACCUUUGUGCUCAAAAAUGUAUUAAUUUUAUGUUGUAAGGAGAAGUUCCAUUCUGGUCAUGGAAGGAUUUGCAAUAUAUUUUAAUUUCACACUUGCCUUGUUAGGUUAACAUGCUGAUUGUGGAACUCAAAUCAGAAGCCCUGAAAGAACGACAUUGGAAGACACUGAUGAGAAAGCUUCAUGUGAACUGGGUGCUGAGUGACUUGAGCUUAGGACAAGUGUGGGAUGUAGAUCUUCAGAAGAAUGAGGGAAUUGUUAAAGAUGUCAUCCUUGUUGCUCAAGGAGAAAUGGCUUUGGAGGAAUUCUUGAAGCAGGUGAUUCUUUUUUAAUUUCAUUUGACUCUGAUGAGGACUUCUUUGCAGGUUGGCAAAAUUCCAGUCAGUUGUAUCCACAAUGGUCCUCUAAGAUUACCCCCCCCUCCCUCUUAGUUUUGUCAGAGUUGAUUGCAGGGGCUAUGUCAUUGCCUAAAAUCUUUCUCUAAGCUGGCAUUUCCCCUUUUGUUAUGACAAGUAACUCAUUUUUUAAGUACAUGUGCACUUUCAAUCUUGGUUUUUCUACUUUCCUCAUGGCUACAGGUGCGAGAUGUAUGGCAGAGCUAUGAACUGGAGCUGGUGAACUACCAGAACAAAUGCCGUAUUAUCCGCGGUUGGGAUGACUUAUUCACUAAAGUCAAGGAGCACAUUAACAGCGUCUCUGCCAUGAAACUCUCUCCGUACUACAAGGUAUGAUGUACACUUGUGUGGCUUGAGUAUAAUUUACUCUUGAUGCAAUUGAAAGGUUGUGAAAUGCUGCUCAAUUGUUUUUAGUUUUUUUUUUUUUCAUUUUGAGUAGACAGACAAGUAAGUUUCCUGUACAUAUUUAAAUUUGGUUAGGACGUUCAUGUUCAACAUAGACUAAUUCUAAACAAGACAUUCCCAAUUUUAAUCAGGUUUCAAUAUCAUUAGAAGCUUCACAUACUGGGGCUACAUGUGUACACAUAGAUACCAGAAUCACCUUCUUUUCUGUUUGCGAACCCCAUAACAUGACCAUGAAAAAAGCCUUUUUCUUUUUAUUGCUACUCUUCGUUUCAAAAUCUUUUUUAGAACAUUACUCUUCCUUCUCUUAAGGGCCAUUUCUUGAAAAUCGUGGUACAUAUAACUUUAUCACGGACCAGAAGCAAUGAAUCUAAAUUUAACCCAUCUAGGGUUUUUGCUAAAAAAUCAGUGAAUGCAUUAUAUUUCUUUUCUUAAUAUAAUGUAUUUUUUGCUUAAUUUCAAAACUGUGAAUAUCUCAAUCUUGAAUAUGAACACAGCAAACAAACGACAGCUUUUCAGAAUCGGAAAUGCCUGGGAUUUUCACGAAACAGGAGGCAGAUUAGAAAGUUGUGAUAUGUUAUCUAUAAAACUGCCAUUUUUCCUCAGGUCUUUGAGGAAGAUGCUCUUCAAUGGGAGGAGAAGUUGAAUCGCAUUCAUGAUGUGUUUGACGUGUGGAUUGAUGUCCAGCGCCGAUGGGUGUACCUGGAUGGUAUCUUCAGUGGCAGUGCUGAUAUCAAGGCUCUUCUUCCAGUGGAGACUCAGCGAUUCCAGAGGUAGGUAUUUUUAUUUUUUGUAAUUAACAGGAAUGAGCGUAAUUUCCCCCAGUUAAAGGGGCUCUUAUUUUUUAAGUUAGGGAACUGAUGAAAUUUUGCUCAAAAUCAGAUGUGCAUUUAUAACUGAAGUUUUGCAGAGGGUCUCAUAUACCCCUCUUUUAGAGACUUGCCCUUUUGACCUGUGAAAGAUAUUUCAAACUUUUGUCGGCAUUCUGGCUAAAAUGUGAGUGAUCACAAUCACAGGUCAUGAAUUUGUAAAAAAAGCCUUAAGACAUUUUUUUUAAUGGGAAAUAUAUAAUAUUAAACAUGUUUUAUAUAAAUAUCAAUGUAGUUAGGACAAUGUCUACUUUUUAUUUGAAGAAGAAAAGGCAGUAGUCUUUCUUUUUUUUUUAAUAAUUAUUAUCAACAUUUUUUGUUGUUCUUUUAUUUUAUCCCAGCAUCAGCACAGAAUUCCUGACACUGAUGAAGAAAGUGGCAAAGACUCCCUUGAUUGUAGAUGUGCUGAACAUCCAAGGUGUUCAGAGACAGUUGGAACGUCUUGCUGAUCUGCUUGGUAAAAUCCAAAAAGCUCUGGGUGAAUACCUGGAGAGGGAGAGAGCAUCAUUUCCAAGAUUCUACUUUGUGGGAGAUGAAGACUUACUUGAGAUUAUUGGAAACAGCAAGAGCAUUCCAAAACUACAAAAGCACUUCAAGAAGAUGUUCGCUGGUGUGGCAGCCAUUGUUCUUAAUGAAGAUGAGACUUUGAUAACUGGUUUGAGUUCCAAGGAAGGAGAAGAGGUAAAACAUAUCAUUUGUUUGUUCUAAAAUGGCAAAUAGUACUAUUUGAUCACUCGGGGAAGUCUAUUGUCAGGUCGAAGCAAAAUUUCGAACACUGUUGAUCGAAUUGACGCUUUCCCCCCGCGAAUGUUCGCUUCAUGUCGAAAAUUCAAUGAAAAAGCGUCCCUUGUUCAGACGAAAUGUCGCUUAAAAGGCUGCGAACUUUUGAUCGAAUUUUCGCUCGGACUUUCGACGAGAGAUCGCUAGAACAAAAAACGUCUUUCAUUUGCAUUAUUUUUGCACAACUUACUGUUCCACAUUUUAGCAAUUGUAUAUGUAAUGGACAAAUCUCGACAGUAUCAUCUCUUUUAAUUGCCCUUUAUCUUCAUCACUUACUGGAGUAGAAUCUGGCUUCAAUUUAACAGCAAUGAUCCUUAGUUGUUUCCUUGCUUACCUAUGUAUAUACUUUCAGAUAGUGCAAUUGUGGUAGUUUUUACCUCUCUGUAAUCAAUAGAUUUACCAUCAGCCUUAGAUGCUCUGCCACAGUGACUGAUUGAUUGAUUGAUCAAUUCAAUAGUCAACACUUUCAGCAGGGUUACUCAUAAACAACAGAUCAAUCCAUCAACAUAGAUUUAACAAACAAUUAUAUCUUAACUCCCAGACAUCUUUGCUUGCUUUGGUCGCGGACACCGAUUGGCACAAUCAAAUUUUUUUUAAUCAUUAUUGGUUUUCACUGAUUUCUCAAUUUUUUUAAAGCAAGUUUGGUAACGAUAGUGGCAGUGUAAAUAUAUUUGAAAAUUAGAGUGCUAGCCAAUUUAUAGUCGUUGUAGGACUGAGUGGAGUCUAAUUCGGUCUGUAAUCAUACGAUUGACUUUCAAAAUCAGACGACCGCGAAGCGGGAGUCCGAUUUCUUAAUCACGAGUAUGAUUACAGACAAAAUUGGAUGACACGAAGUCCUGUUACCAAUUAAUCAAAACUUUGACAAAAUUUGAGAAAGAAACUAGACAUCGGUUAUACGUUUUAAUUAAAAAAAAAAAAAAAAAAGCUAACUCGGCGAAAUGCGAGACAAAAGCGCGCGCAUAACGCGUUCUGUCCACUUCCACAGCCAUAACGUGUUAACUGUCCCUUUAGCUGUCCUAUUGCACCGUCCAACUACAAGCAUGACGCGUAUACUGUCCUAUUAGUGCUCUAAUCAAAACUAUAACAUAAUUCUUGAAUGUGAUUGGCUAUCACCAGCCUGAUUUGAGCACUAAUAGGAAAGUGUAUACGUCAUGCGUCAGUUCACACGCCAUGCCUGUGUGGGUGGACAGAAUUGGACUCCACUCGGUCCUAUUACCAUUAUAAAUCGGGCUGGUGAUAACCAAUCACGACCGAGAUUUUUGUUGUAGUUUGAUUAAAGCGACAGACUUAUCAACUUUGGGAAGUUCAAAAGUAGAUUGUGAAGUGUGUUCCAAUACAUUGUGCUCAGUGCAGGAUUACUUAUAACACUCUCUCUGUCAUCAGGUGGUUUUCAAGAAAGCUGUGUCUUUGAAAGAACACCCCAAGGUCAAUGAAUGGCUGACAUGUGUUGAGACUGAAAUGCGCACCACCCUGGCUACAUUAUUGGCCACAGCAGUGAGUGAAAUACAGCAGUUCAACUCUGAAUCCAUUGACGGGCAAAAGUACAUGCACUGGGUCGAUGGCUACCAGGUAAAGAAGAAGAUUUCUUUGUGUUAGGAUCAGAUUAAUUAAAUGUUGUCUUCUUGAUACUAAAUUUGAUCGUUUCCGUCUUGCAGGCUCAACUUGUGGUACUAGCCUCCCAGAUUGCUUGGUCAGAAAGCUGUGAGGAAGCACUGCAAGCCAUCUCCUCGUCAUCAAACCAAAAAGACCUGGGGCCCAUGAUGAAGGUUCUUAGAGUGGUUGAAGCAACGCUGAACAUUCUGGCGGACUCUGUGUUACAAGAACAGCCUCCAGUAAGGCGACGCAAGCUGGAGCACUUGGUGAGCAAAUGGUUUCAUCUUGUAAAAAGUAGUUAAGUCGAUUUAAGUUUAAAAUUUGUUUUACCUGAGGUUGCCGUGGGUUCAACUAUAAUUCUAAAUGAAUCAUAGUGGUAGAGAUCUGUAAUUGUGCAGUUCAUAGAGAUUAGUUUUCAGACUGCGGAACUCGGUGCUGUAGGUAAUAGGGUAAUUAAGCAUUAUUAACAGAGUUGAUAGCGUAGAUUGGCCAUCGUAAAGAGUUUUAAAGCUGAUAUUUCCAGCGUUAGCCCUUCGGCUGCUUUGAAACUCUUUACGCUAGCCAAUUUACGUUAUCAACUCAGUUGAUAGUACUUAUUUAUCCUGUUAUACUUUCUCACCGACGCAGCACUACAGUUUCUUCAGAUACUCACCCCCUUUACUCAGCUGUAGGUAAUAAUCAACGAUGAUUUAAUUUUUGAAAACAUUCUCUUCAUUUUCUGUUUCAGAUCAUUGAACAUGUACAUCAACGUGACGUCACACGCCAGCUAAUCAAUACUCAAGUCUCCAACACAAAAGCUUUUGAGUGGCUCUGUCAGAUGAGAUUCUACUUUGACCCAAAACAGAAAGACGUCCUACAACAGCUUUCAAUCCACAUGGCCAAUGCCAAGUUUAAUUAUGGAUUUGAGUACCUUGGAGUCCAAGACAAGCUUGUCCAGACACCCCUGACAGAUCGCUGUUAUCUUACCAUGACACAGGCCUUAGAGGGAAGAUUAGGGGGGUCACCCUUUGGUUAGUUAAUGGUUAUUGUACUGUUUUUUCUUUUAGUAAAGACGUUUGCGGUAUGAUUGGGGUUGUUGUAUCGGAAUCUCAAAUAGCUCCUCAUGCAUAAAUUUUUACUUGUCUACAUAGAUCACGGUCAAGGACCCUUCCCCCAUUCCAAGCAAAUUAGUUUUUCUUCAGUACUAAAUCUUCUUACUUCCAGCUGCAAAGCAUAUUUAUUUUCUCCUUACCAUACCGAUACGUUAUCCAGCGAGCUGCUGAUGAGAAUAGAAACACUUGUCUGCUGAAGGGUGUAAUCUUGAUAUAACACCGAAUUCUCCUUAUUCUUACACAAGGAAAUGUGGAACAAAUGGAAGGGAGAAAUUGGACUUUGUAUUCUGGCAUAAUAUCGGAAAUGAGUCUGUAGAGUUCUCAUCUUUUUUUCAUCCUUUUCCUGCUAAUUUUUCCUUUUACUGAUUGCUUUUUUAUUUAUUGUGUUUAGGCCCUGCUGGGACAGGAAAGACAGAAUCGGUUAAAGCUCUUGGUCAUCAACUGGGAAGAUUUGUGUUGGUCUUCAACUGUGAUGAAACAUUUGACUUCCAGGUAAGUGACUUUGUGUUUAAGUUUGAGAUACUCUCUCCUAAUCUUGCCCUCUUGGAUCUAAGCUCAGUCUAUUACAACUGUCAUCGUUUUUUUCCAGGCCAUGGGUCGUAUCUUUGUCGGUUUGUGCCAAGUGGGUGCAUGGGGCUGCUUUGACGAGUUCAACCGUCUGGAAGAAAGAAUGUUGUCAGCUGUUUCGCAACAGAUUCAGACCAUUCAGCUCUCUCUCAGAGAAGGCAGCACUGAUCUAUGUAAGGAAGGAAAUAAACAAGUAGUUCUUAUUAAAGUUUAUUUAUUCCUUUGAAUCUAAUCUGUGAGAGGAUUAAACAUUUUUUAAGGUGUAAUCAAGCUAUUGACAUUUCACAAAGUUAUUAUGAAGAAAAUGUUUGGAUGAAUUUUACUUGGGCGUUAAGGACGUGGAUUUUGUAUGAUGAGUAUCGUUAAAAAAAAAAAAAACGUAGACAAAAUAAACACAGCAGGUGACCAGUGUGAACGAAAAUACCUUAGAGCCAAUAAGAAAUCAAAGAAGAAAAAAGCUUUUUACCGGAAGUGCAGGAGAAUGCAAAUAUUUUGUUUGGUUUUGGAGGAUGUUGAGAGGAGAACACAAGUAUUUAGACUUAAGACAUAGGAGCAAAGGAAAGAAAAAGCAAUACAGCCCUGGAUAACUUUUGCCAUUCAACUGAAAAUUUCUCUAGUAUUGAUUUUCUCAAAGAACACUAUCAGGCAGUAUUAAUGACAAUGGAUGAUGUUGAUUUAAUAUUUUCCAGCUGCACCAAUCACUAUUGAACUGGUGGGCAAGCAAGUGAGAGUAAGCCGCGACAUGGCAAUCUUCAUUACAAUGAACCCAGGUUAUGCUGGACGUUCCAACCUCCCAGACAACUUGAAAAAGUUGUUCCGCAGCUUGGCCAUGACUACUCCUGACCGACAGCUUAUUGCUCAGGUCAUGCUGUACUCACAGGGUUUCAGAACUGCAGAGAAACUAGCCACAAAGAUUGUUCCAUUCUUCAAGUAAGCAAUAAUUGCGAUAUUUAAUAAUCAACUUCUAGUUGUUACAAACUGACAUUGAAGAUAAACGAAAAUGAUCUUUGUAGCCGAUAAAUUUUCUAUUAACGGUUGUGGCAGUCUAGGGUAGAUGUUCAUUAGUUUUUGGUUGGAAAUGCUAACCCUUUACACCCCCUAACAUCAGUUUGCAUAUUCUCCGUACUGUUCUCUGUACAUUUCUUAAGGUGCGGACAAGGAGAAUUUGUCAGUUUUCUUAAGCCUCAAUGCCUCACUUAUCCUAAACGUAUUAAGCAACGUGCACAGGAUUCCCAGUCUUAACCGUUCUACUCUCAAGAUCUGAUUGUAAAUUCUCUCUUCUAGCUACUUCACAAUUCCUUGUAAAUUAGUUACAAAAGUUGGUGUUAGAUCAAGAUAACAACUUCAACUAGUUUGAGUGUUCUCAUUGAUCAUUCUCAUUACCUGUUUGUUAGAUAUUGUGCGGAUAUUGUAAAGAGAAGUUACAUGUUAAUCACUUGUGGGGGGGGGGGUGAUUUAAGGGUUAAGAUAAAUCAUUUUGUCAUUUAUUUUACAGAUUAUGUGGAGAGCAGUUGUCUAACCAGUCUCAUUAUGACUUUGGCCUCCGCGCAUUGAAGAGUGUACUGGUCAGUGCUGGUAAUGUCAAACGUGAGAAGAUCCAGAGAAUAAAAGAAAGUUUGACUGAAGAAGGCCAGGAAGCUGAUGAAGCAGCAAUCUCUGAGCGGCUGAAUGAACAGGAGGUUUGUUUAGAAAUUUGAUAUAAAAUUUCACAGUAAUCCAUAGUCCUUUGCACUGAAAGAGGCCUUUCAUCAUUUUUGUGAUGUUUAACUUUAUAUGUUGUGGUUCAGUUUUUUUCUGUUGAAACUUUAUUCCCCUAAUGUCAAACUCAUCGUCACGCAUCACAAUGCAUCAUGGUACUUUAAAACAGAGGCUGGAAAAUUUGAACGAAGUUGAAGUAUGGAAUUUGAUCAUAAAAUACUUGCGUAUUCUUAAUUUUGCGUGAUACUCUCCUAUAAACAGACUGUCAUCUUUUUCUACAAUGUUCAAGGUUUACGUCGAGAAGAUUUCGGCAAUUUUUAGUGAUGCAACUCUGAGCAAAGUAAAUUUCAAACCUUGGUCUUAUCAAAUCAAGCUCACGCCCUCUAUUGGUUGAAUGCAAUCCUUUAAAUGUUUUAGAAAGUUUAAAAUGAAAUUAUAACGCUUCCCCUUCAGCGUAGGUGUUGGUUAAAAUAAAUUUAACAUUCAGAAUGCUGCCAUUUUUUUAUCCUUCUAGAUUUUGAUCCAGAGUGUUUACGAGACAGUUGUACCAAAGCUUGUGGCAGAAGAUAUUCCUCUUCUUCAGAGUCUGUUGUCAGAUGUGUUCCCAGGAGUUCGUUAUGUUGGCGCCGAGAUGACAAGCCUUAAGGCCGAGAUAAAGAAAGUUUGUGCUGAGACGCACCUUGUGUAUGGAGAUGGAGAAGAACAAGGUGGUGCAUGGGUGGAGAAGGUGGGGAGUUGUUUGUCUAUCGUAACCAAUCGCAUGAAUAGUGCAGCAUCUUGGCAUGGAACGGUUGAUUGAAAUUGAUUUCUAAAGGAAAGGUUUUUGGUUAAAAACUUCAUGUAUGAGAUUUUAGAACAGUAGAUAACUAACAUUCAUUUUCGUAUGAAGGCAGUUGCGCAUUAGUAGAAAGGCGGUGUGAUUUAACGUUAAAUUCUCGAGCUAACAUUUUUUAAGAAAUGUAGGGCAGACAGUAAGGAGAAUUGGUAUUGAGAUCAUGGAAAGAAAGAGGUUAAGGACUGUAAUUCACAGCUAGUGACUCCCUCGGUUUUUAUCUCUGUAAGAGUUCAUCGUUACAUCUUUUCAAUACGAUCGUAUAAAUGCAGUGAAACUUGGGUGAUGUCCGUACUGGUUUUGCUCUGAUACAGAAUUAAUCAGAUAAUUUUAGGAAAUAGAAUUCUUAUGAUGUUGUUUUUCGUGUUACUGUUGUUUUAGAUCCUUCAGUUGUAUCAGAUAUCCCAGAUUCAUCAUGGAUUGAUGAUGGUUGGACCGAGUGGAAGCGGCAAAUCUACAGCUUGGCGCACUCUGUUAAAGGCUUUGGAAAAUUUAGAGGGCGUAGAGGGUGUGGCACAUGUUGUUGACCCCAAGGUACAGUUACUUUAGAGCGCUACUAAAUCAUUCUUUUUACAUGUUGUUAACUGUUGUAAUCACUUGAAAUAAAUUUUUAGUUCUUUUGAAACGCAUCGAGGAUUUAUGUGGGCUGCAGAAGCCUUCGAUAACUGGUUUCAAUUAUUUGAAAUACUUAACUUUAGCCCCCUAAGAGUGACUAGCAUCUAAUUUACCUGCUUGCAGUAUCACCCCUGAAUCAAACACAAAGUCACGAGAAUAAAUGACGUGGUCACCUACCACACAAACUCUUGACUCUGAAACAAAUUUUGCUUGUCAGCGCUUUAGGAAUUGUAUAGAGAAUAUGCAUUCUUUUGUUAGGGUGUAAACGGUAAGUGACUGGCGUAAAUUAUUUUUUUCAUUCCAGGCCAUUUCCAAGGAAGCUUUGUAUGGAACUCUUGAUCCCAAUACAAGAGAGUGGACAGAUGGGUUGUUCACUCACAUUCUCAGAAAGUAAGUUUGCUAUUUUGAUGAUUGACUGAACAAGGUAGUGUCAAAUGUUUCUAGUUCUAGUUCUCUUUGAAGUGUCUGAUGUUUUGUUUCUCUGCAUCCAAGGAUCAUUGACAAUGUCCGUGGUGAGAUUAACAAAAGACAGUGGAUCAUUUUUGAUGGCGAUGUUGAUCCGGAGUGGGUGGAGAAUUUAAACAGUGUCCUGGAUGACAAUAAGUUGCUCACUCUGCCAAAUGGGGAACGUCUUGGAAUUCCUUCUAAUGUAAGUCGCUUGGAUCCCGUUUCUCGAAAGUCCCGAACGGCCACGAAGCCAUAUUUAAGAAUCUAAAUUAAAGAAUUGAGAAGCAAGUUGUGGCGCCCUAACCAGUCUAUUUUGUUUCCUUAGCUGAUAGCUUUGCGUCAUCAUAUAAAAAAAAAUUUAAACCCCCAUCUUGAAUGAAAACAGAACAGCUUAACGAGCCCGCUAAGUUAUAGGGACCUUUCAGAAACGGGCCCUCCGGAACUCUUCUAUGGUUUAAGACAAGUUAGAGGAGUGUUGAAUUUGAUUCACCCAAUUUGUUAUGUUAAACAUCUCUUUUGCAGGUGCGAAUCAUGUUUGAAGUACAAGAUCUACGUUUCGCCACUCUUGCUACAGUCAGCCGUUGUGGAAUGGUUUGGUUCAGUGAGGACGUUUUGUCGACGGAAAUGAUUUUUGACAAUCACCUGUUUCAGAUGAAGAAAGUACCAGUGGAAGAGGUUGAAGAAGAGAUCAGACGAAUCAAACCCCAAGGAAAGGCUGAAGACGCCUUGUCACCAACAAUGCAGGUAUGGCACAAACAAAUACCAAAACAUGGUUGUGUGUGUAAACUGAACUGCUGAGGAACAGCUGCCACCAAACAAUCGAGAAUUCAAAUAUAACAGUCGGAACAAAGUUGCAACAUUCCCCUUGAGCCCGCUCUUGUGACAGUGCCUGCUGGCCAUAAGAGCUCGCAAAACCCUUGGUGAUUGACUUUGUUGGAUCGACGAUUCACCAACUCUCAAGCUCUCCGUUAUUUAUCUAGAUGUGGUUUCCAAAUCUUAACCAAUGUUUUGUAAAUCCACAGGUCCAGUGUGAUUUUGUAGACAUUAUUCAUGAGCACUUCUCAUCUAACGGUCUUGUAGUAAAGAGCUUGGAGUUUGCAUUCAAGCAGGAACAUAUCAUGGACUUUACUCGCAUGAGGGCACUGGAAUCGCUCUUCUCCAUGAUCCAUCAAGGAAUCAGGAAUGUUCUUCAGUACAAUCAACAACAUCCUGAUUUUCCAAUGGAGGUUAGUGCGGACAUCUUUUUAAUCCUUGAACUCCCAAGAUAUAAUUAGUAAUUCUCCUUUUUGUUCGCUAUUAUGUUUACUUGUAUUUUCUUGAAACUUAGUAAGGGGAAUUUGGAAUUGUAUCAAGAUAGAACCUUGAAGCUGAUAUGUUUGUCUGUGCUUCUCGCUUUCUUGCCUGACUCCAACGAUGACUUCAGCUCAGUUUGUCCACUGGACUACUAUUCCGUGACUAUCAUAAUUUAGGAUCGAAAGGAGUUUCUUUGUAAUUGAACUUUAUGCAGAAGUGUAGACGUACUUUUAGAAAUGGAAUGUCAAAACUAAUUCGAGAUCGAUUUGGUUUUGCUUCACUUUCCUCCUUAAUUGGCCUAAAAGUCUCGCGUCACCUUUUCAACCAAUCAGAUGCAAAACGUAAACCAACCGCGUCAUGGCCACUCGCGAUUUCCCGCGUUUCACGCAGUUUGCUUGUUAUUACUGUGAGUUCUGGUAGGCUCCUUGUAAUGUUUUCUUUUGCUGUGAUUGGCAGGUGUGACUCUUUUGGUUUUGGCUUUACGCCACUACAUCGAAAAGGGCUUAAUAGCAUUUUUUGUUUUUGUUUUUGUUUUAAUGACAGAGAGAUCAGAUUGAACGUUACGUCCCACGCUACUUGAUCUUCUGUAUUCUUUGGGCUUUCUCCGGUGACUGUAAGCUGAAGACAAGAGAAGACUUGGGAAACUUCAUCAAGAGCAUCACUACAAUUCCUUUGCCUGCCAGCUCAUCACAGUCCAUUGUUGAUUAUGAGGUACAAGAAGUUUGUAAACAUAAAAAGUAGCAAUUUAUCACAUGACAGAGCUCGAGCAAUAAGGAUGCUUACCUUUACUGUGAAUGAGUGACUGACUGCAUUCAACGUGUUAAACAAUGAAGACCUAUCUUAACGUGGAUUUGUACAUGUAGAACCCUUCCUGAAGUGGUUUUAUUUGCAUUCCUGACCUUUAAAGUUUUAAAUGUUUUUCGCACCAUUUUUGUUGCUCUAUGCCUUUGGUCGAUCUUUGGCCACUGCCGUUGUGUUAUGCCUUUCAGAAAAAUUUCAAAAUUCAUUCCCUGUAGGAAUCGUUACGUGGAAUGUUUUUCUUUUUCUCAUCCUCUUUCUGCAUUCGAAUGCACUUAACCUGUGGUAAGAAUUAAAAUGUUUAUCAAUAUUUUGCCCUUUUUCUUUUCAGGUUACAAUCCAAGGUGAAUGGGCACUAUGGCAGUCUAAGGUUCCUCAGAUUGAGGUAGAAACGCACAAGGUGGCAGCCCCAGAUAUUGUGGUACCAACGGUCGAUACUGUGCGACAUGAAGCUCUUCUGUACACCUGGCUGGCGGAGCAUAAACCCAUGGUGCUCUGUGGACCCCCUGGCAGCGGCAAGACUAUGACACUGUUCAGUGCCUUGAGAGCUCUUCCUGAUAUGGAGGUGGGUACAACGUGAUUUAAGUGCAAGUGGGAGAUAUUGAAUUAGACGCUUGGAAAUGUUAGCUUCUUGCAGAUUUACUGUCGACUUUGAAUCGUACCGCAUGACUGUAUAUUUAACCCUUUAACUCCCAGAUCAAAUUUGUCAUUCUCCUCACUGUCGACCAUACAAUUCCUCUAAUGUCAGUUGAGAGAAUUAAGAAUUGGAUCAACUAAUUAUCCCCAAAUAUAAUAUUUUGUUGCUUUUAGGUUGUUGGUUUGAAUUUCUCCAGUGCUACCUCCCCUGAGCUGCUCCUGAAAACUUUCGAUCACUAUUGUGAGUACAGAAGAACUCCGAAUGGAAUCGUCCUUGCUCCUGUACAACUUGGAAAGUGGAUGGUGCUGUUCUGUGAUGAGAUCAAUCUUCCAGACAUGGACAGUUAUGGUACACAGACAAACCCUAUAAACUAUCCCACCCCCUCCCUGAAAUGAAAACAUAUUCUUCAUCUCAAGCAAUUGGAAAUUUAGUUUUCGCAAAGCUGAACCGUGUCUUUAAUCGCUCUUUAGUUUAAAAAGAAUGGCUGUUGCUUUCAACAACGAUUCCCCUCGUUUAAAUUGUCAACUGUUACCAGAUUACGUUCCAUCCAGUCGUAGUGGAUAUAUAGAUCUGUAUCAAGAGAAAAAGUGACAUUUACUUCGGAUGAGUGUAUUUUUUUAAUGUAGUAAACAAGAUGAAUUCAUGGGUAGCUUAAGAUCUUGUGCUUGUAGAAGUUAGUUGCUAAUAUGUAUGCGAACAUUCGCCAACAUAGUUAUUCAGCUAAUAUUUUGAAUCCGGGGGUAACGUUUGAUCGUGGAGUCUGAUCGUCUGGGUGAGGGUAGUCCAGAGAGGCACUGUUGUCGGAAGAUGUGACUAACUUUUCGACAACCCUAGUGAAAACGAACGUCAUAUUCACUACCCUCAUCCGGACGAUCAUACUACAUGAUUAAAUAUUUAUGACUUGUACUCGAGAGAAUAUAUAUAGACUAAAAACCAUUCGGACAACUCGUGUUGAAAACACUGUAAUUUUUUGUCUUCGUGCAAACCUUUUCAACUGAUGAAAAACAUCAUGUUCACAAAUAUAUUUGUUGUAAUUAUACCUCAGGAACACAGCGUGUCAUCUCGUUCCUGAGACAAAUUGUAGAGCAUGGCGGAUUCUACCGCACCAGUGACCAGGCCUGGGUAACAAUAGAGAGGAUCCAGUUCGUCGGAGCUUGUAAUCCACCCACCGAUCCAGGCAGGAAGCCUCUGUCACACAGGUUAUAAACAUUCUAAAAGUAUUUGAUGAGCAACAAGAUUAAGAUUAUCAGCGCGAGAUUUUGACCGUGUGAUAUUUGAUGUGGGCGAGGCCCACAUCAAAUAUCACGCACAGAACUUAGGCCUGGUUCACAUAUAAUCGCAGACGAUCGCAGGUGAUCGCACGAUCGCUGAAACCACUCAACCGAAGAUCGCGAAUCGCAUGUUCACAUAUAAUCGCAGCCGAUCGCAGCGAUCAGUGACAACCGAGUCCGCGAUUUACCACUCAGCGGCAAUACAACCAACAUGGACGCCGAGGACGCUGAACUUUUAUAGGUGUUAACAUUCUGCUUCUGUUGUCUUUACUUUAACGGAGAAUCGCUGCUAGAUCAAAGAAAUAACCUCAUUGUUUAAGGAGGGGUUUCAACAGAUUUUUCUAUAAGCGGCUGCUAACGGUGUUAUAGGCGGCUGUGCUAUGAGGCGAAACCCAAGCAGGAGAGCCUGCUCUUAAGCUAAACAGACAGUUGAAAGCUCCAAGCUCUAAAUAUAACGAUAUCUAUUUUCAGAUUCUUGCGUCACGUUCCAGUCAUAUAUGUGGACUAUCCAGGUCCUACCUCACUGACCCAGAUCUAUGGAACAUUCAAUCGUGCAAUGCUGAGAAUUGUUCCUCCGCUGAGAAGCUAUGCUCAGCCCCUGACUGAUGCUAUGGUGGAGUUCUACUCCAUGUCUCAAGUGGGUGAAAUAUGUGUAGUACAGAAGGAUUAAGCUUUGAUGCUAGUUAGUUUACGGCAAAAAAUAAGCUUGCGCUGAUAGUAGAAUUGAGUGAGUGUGAGAAGCAAAAGAGGAUAGUUCUUUUUCUGUCACAAAUGGCAACAACAACAAAACUUUAUUCUAUUGUGAGCAAAUAAAUUGAUACAAAAUGUACUUCCCCGUCUAUCCCUCUGCUCCAAGCUUUGGUAGGCAAUGAAACAAAUGAUAGUUUCCUUGUGAGCUUAGUGGGUUACACCCUAUCAUAAGAAUGCAUAUUCUCCGUACUGUUGUCUCAAACAUUUCCUACAGUACUGACAAGAAGAAUUUGUUAAACAAGCCAGCGCUUCUUUGGUUGGCGAUCAAUUGGCUUAUUCUCAUGAGUGCUAUGUAUGACUCAGAGGUGAUAAUGAAUGGAGAAAUUGGAUACCAACUAAUGUCAAAAGAAUAAAUCCUGCACUUGUGUUUUUCGACAAUUGUAAAGAUGAAAUUGCAAAAAGCAACUCGCUUAGCCUGGAAAAGAUUUGAUUUAUCAGGACUGAGAUUUACCAUGAUUUUUAGCGGAGUAACCUUUUUCCUUGUAGGAACGCUUCACUCAAGACAUGCAGCCGCAUUACAUUUACAGCCCUCGAGAAAUGACUCGAUGGGUGAGAGGAAUCUGUGAAGCAUUGAAGCCAUUGGAGACUUUGCCAGUCGAAGGACUUGUUCGCCUGUGGGCUCACGAAGCACUGCGUCUCUUCCAAGACAGGUGAGAAUUGAGGGGCUGGGUGUUUUGUAGGAGAGUAGAAUUACAACAGUUUCGAGACUUUCACUCGAUUAUACUCUAAUUUUGAGUUGUCAAGUAAAACAUAACACAAAGUAAAAAGUAGUUAUUCUAUGAUUUUUCUCAUGUUUACCAUCUUUGUCUGUGUAACGAAGUUCUGAUGUAAAUUGAGGAUAGCCUGGGGUAGACCCUCACUAUUGGAGCCUGGGCACUGGGCACGAGCUUUUCUUUGCCCUCAGGAAAGUAUGAGGCGUCGAGCCUAGCAAAUCGGAGAGAGGUCUGCAAGGGGUCUGGUACUGAUAACGAGGUUAUUAUUAGUGCCAAUCUUCCGGCAAACCUCUUCCCGACUCGUCUCUAAUCUUCCCGCAGACGAAGAAACCGAGUGACUCGGGUCAUUAUUUCAUUAUUAUUAAAAUGAGAACUUGCUAUCGUGUGGAAAUUAGGUGUAGAUAUAUUUAUUGCUUGAUUGUCUUCCAGGCUGGUCGAAGAUGAUGAGCGUAAGUGGACAGAAGAGAAUAUCAACAAUAUAGCCUUGAAACACUUUCCGAACAUAGAUCGUAAUACUGCCCUUGCUCGACCAAUCUUGUACAGUAACUGGCUGUCGAAGGACUACAUGCCUGUGGAGCAGGAAGAACUCAGAGACUUUGUCAAAGCAAGGCUAAAGGUAAAAAUCACCUGAGUUUGUCGAAAGUUGGAUACAAGGGAAGAAAAUGCUUCCUCUGUGGAGCUGUCAGCGAACUGGGUGUCAAUAAAGGGUAGGCCAGUUUACAACCAAUAAGUCGGUCGACAGACGAACAUCAAUCGAUCACGAGUCGGGAAAUUUUCGGUAAAUUGUUGGCAAUGCAGUAACACUUACCGUGCGGUAUUUCACAGUUGUUUCUUUAAAAUGUACUGAGAUGUUUGAUGAAUUGAAAGGAAAGAUUUAUCAGGUUGAGUAAUUAGAUAGUGGUUACUAAGAACAGCAGACAAACAGCUGUUUGCCCUCUAAUGUUUGUAUCACAUUUUGAUGAUUUUGGUGAUUUUUAUUUAUCUGUUUGGAACAGGUGUUUUAUGAAGAAGAGUUGGAUGUUCCUUUGGUGUUAUUUAAUGAAGUGCUUGACCAUGUUCUACGAAUUGACAGAAUCUUUAGACAGCCACAAGUAAGUGCAUAACCUUACCUUGCCUUGUAUUUAUCUUCACCCCCAUGUAUCAGAAUUUCCUUCACCUUUCUUCUCCGUGAAUUUGACCGGCAUCCGCUGUUGAGACCUUUCGCGCGCGAAGGUGCGUGGGAGAGUGUUGGAUCUCUCGCAUGUGUGUAACUCGCGAUCUUACCCAGCACCGGAUAUGCAACGUUUCAUAGUCAUCUUUGCUACUUUUUCCCUCCACAGGGGCACUUGUUGUUAAUUGGUGUUAGUGGAGCUGGUAAAACUACGCUGUCAAGAUUUGUGGCAUGGAUGAAUGGUCUGAAAGUCUUCCAAGUCAAGGUUUGUUUACUUCGUUUAGAGUUUUUUCUAGUUGACUCUUGGUUUUGCUUUAAUUCUCCUUGUGAUUGGUCUAGAAAACUCAUGCCACCCUUUCAACCAAUCAGGGGCAAUACUGAAACUAAUUGGGGCUUGGUCGCUCGCGUUUUUCCGCGCUUGAGGUGGUUUGUUUUUUAUCACGAGUUCUCAUUGGUCCCUUGUGACAUUUUCGUUUGUUUUGAUUGGCCGUUGCGAUUACCUAUCCUUUUGUUUUUGGUCUCAAACUACAAGCUCACUCAGGGCCCCGCUGAAAGUGAGCUCACGUUAAUGUUGUGUAACCUGCUUGUGCAAUGGUUGCCUAGCGAUAAAUGUGAUGGUUGAGGUAUGUCCUUUUUCUAAUUUGUUACUAGAUUCACCGAAAGUACUUGGCGGCAGACUUUGAUGAAGACUUGCGAGCAGUUCUCAGACGUGCAGGCUGCAAGAAUGAGAAAAGUGUCUUCAUUUUGGAUGAAUCCAACAUACUGGAAUCAAGCUUCCUGGAAAGGAUGAACACACUUCUGGCAAAUGGAGAGGUACACCAGGAUUUUGGUUUCUUUCUCUCUUUAUUUCUUUCUUUCUUUUUUUUUUUUUUUUUUCUUCAACGUAGUACGUUUUUAAAUCCUCACGUCAUCCUCUAAUAACCAAUUAGAUGAAAAUAGAAGCCAAUUGCGACUUGUUUCCUGGUCUUUUCCCGCGUUUUAUACUUUGAUUUCCUAUUGGCCCUUUUUCAAUAUUUUCUUUUUUCCUGAUUAGCCAACAUGAUUACUUUGGUUUAGGACUUGCAGUGCUCUUAUUAAAACUUUUCUAUCAGCACUUUAUGUGAUGGUGUUCUCAUAUAGUGUUUGUUGUUGUCAGGUUCCAGGAUUGUUUGAAGGAGACGAGUACACCACUCUGAUGACGCAGUGUAAGGAAGGGUCACAAAGAGAUGGUCUUAUGUUAGACAGCAGCGAGGAGCUUUACAAAUGGUUCACACAACAGGUAGGUGUGUCCUUCAUAUUGUCCACCAUUCUUGCCAGUUGCAGAAAGGAUUGAAUAAAAGGGGUAAGUUUGUCAAGAAACUACGGUGCUGCGUCGAUGGGGUUAUUACACAAUAAUUCGGUUUAUCUACUGGAUUGAGAGUGUAAAUUAGCCGACUUAAAGAGUUUCUAGAGCUGACGUUUCGAGCGGUUGCCCUUCGUCAGAGAGAAGCCGACCUUCGAAUAUUCACUCUGAUUAAGAGCUAACACUCGUAACGUCAGCUUUUGAAACUCUUCACGGUGGCCAACGUACAUUAUCGACUCAUUUGUUAAAACUAAGUUAUGUAGCCUAAGGGAUUGGUUUCUUUUAUCGUCCUUCUUCCUAAAAUUUACCUCAAUUCCUGAAAAAGCUGAUAUCGAUCAUUUUGUGCCAUCACCUGGAUGCGAGUAGUCCUGAGAAGGAAUUUUGUCGUUGAAUGUGACUGACGUUUCCUUAAUCUUAGCUGAAGUCAUUAUUAGGUUCAAGUGAAAGUCGAUUAUCAGUAGAGUAUUAUCAGACUGGUCCGUGAAAACUAAUCUGUCAGGGCUUAUUGGCUGAAAGACCGUUAGUUGGUUUCAUUAACUGCGAUUGGUCAAUUUUGAAACCACUCCGCUUGGUUCGGAGGCUGGUGCAUGCAUUGCUUUGCUCGAUCUCUUUACUUAUAAUUCCUUUUCAUAUCCAACAGGUUAUGAACAACUUGCACGUUGUUUUUACUAUGAAUCCUUCCUCGGAAGGUCUGAAAAGCCGAGCAGCCACAUCUCCUGCCUUGUUCAACAGGUGAGAUUUCGCUAAUAAACCGAUUUCAUAAUGCGGUUCUAUCCUUUUACAUACAUCACAGUUCACUACACAAUGCUUCUAUACUCUGGAAUGGUGUUUACCGAUAGCAAAGGCCGUGAAAGCCAAACAGUCAAACUUUCCACUAGUGGACAGAAUAUUGCUUUUAAUCCUUCAACUCCUAUGGAUAUCCAAGACAGAAUUUCUAUCCAAGACAGAAUUUCUAUCCUAGACAAGUGAUGAGAAUUAAGAAAAUUAUGAAUUAGGAAAUCAUUAGUUGAUCCAAUACCAAAUUCUCAGAACUAACAUCGUAAGAAUUAUACGGCAGAUAGUAAGGAGAGGGAGAGUGAAAGGGUUAGCGCGAAUUGCUUUUGUCUUCCAGAAUCACAAGUCGUAAGGUGAAGAGAUAAUUACCGUCUGUCAAACAUAUUUAGAUCCAUGAGGCUGUCACGUCUGUACACAUUUGUUUUUUCAUUUGACUUUUUUUCCAGUGGCUUACAAUCCCUGUUUGUUUCAUUUCAGGUGUGUUCUCAACUGGUUCGGUGAUUGGUCCACUGGUGCGCUCUAUCAAGUUGGCAAAGAGUUCACCAGCAAGAUUGACUUGGAGAAGUCCAAUGUAAGUGUAAUUCUUCAUAAGCCUUGAUCACAUUUGCAUGGAAGACUUCUGGUUGAGUCCUGCCUGUUCUGCUGAUUCCGCAUACGCUAUUUUUUUAGGUUUGCGGGGCAAAAAUCAAAACAAAACAAAACAAAACAAACGAGCAAAGGUUUAUUAGAUGCAUUGUUGUGUAUCUCGGAUCAAUGGUUCUAUCUGAGCAAGUGCGCACCUACCCCUCCCCUAACCCAGUAUUAACCCUAACUUGUCAUCAGUGGACUGUUGUUAGGUUAGGGGAAGGGUAAUUGUGCAGUUACUCAGAUACUGACAUCGAUCCUCUUUUUCUAUCUUUCGUAAAAAUCUUCAGGACUAGCCUCGCAUCUAGUUCCACUAGUCCACUUCAUUUAAAACGUUGUGUUGAAGCUUUCAUUUCUGACCAGAUUAUCAUAAAUUCCUCCAAGUUGUUUGCCGGCAGAGUAUUUAAAUCUAAGUUGAUUGCACUCUACUCUCGAAAGACCACCGGAGUGCAAGAUUGAAUUUCUGUUAGAUAUAUCUCAAGUGAGUGUGAUUUACGCUAGUUUGCACAAAGCCUUAGCAGUUUCCUGACCAAACCAUGCCUAUACCCUUUGAGUCCCAAUAAUCAUUGUGUAAAUUCUCGAUGCAGUUUUAAUGCCUUGUCAAAAAGACGGAUAAUGAGAAUUUGGGAGUUGUCAACUCUGAAGGCCAUCAGCUGGGAGAGGUAGCUUUUAUGUCUUGGUAGAUUGAGUUUUAACGUGAUCCUGUCAUUCUCUCUCCAGUACAAUCCACCAGACUACCUCCCUAAGGUGUAUGAAGAACUGCCCAUGACACCCAGCCACAGAGAAGUUGUCAUCAAUGCUUUUGUUUAUGUUCAUCAAACCUUGCACCAAGCCAAUGAACGCUUAGCCAAGAGAGGAGGGCGUGUUAUGGCUAUUACUCCUCGGCACUAUCUAGACUUUAUUAACCAUUACGUAAGUAUUCGCAUAGAAGGCGAAGUUAGAUUAUACUAUCACGAGUAUCUGUCCCAAAAGUCUCAGCGGCCAUCUCGACAAUGCAUGUCUGUUUAGGGAACAGCCGCUGGCCUGAAAGCCUUUUCUUGAUCGUAACCUUGGUUGAAUUUCACUUAGCUUCGUCUGAGCCCCUAAUGGUCAUAUUUUCUUACAGUCACGUGAUUAUUUUGUCUCUUUUUGUUUUAGGUGAAAUUGUUCAAUGAGAAGAGAUCUGACCUUGAAGAACAACAACUUCACCUUAAUGUGGGUUUGCAGAAGAUCCGUGAAACUGUGGACCAGGUAAACUCUCUCUCUUCGUGACGAUGCUUUUCGGCAACUAGUGCUCUUUAUAAAACAUCGAGUGCGAUAUUGAAACAACUUCCGUACUUUGAAGAACUUUUCGAAGACUUAUUGAAAGUACAACUUGUGAAUAACUCUUCUGGGUUGGUGUUCAUGUUAGAAAUGUGCUUUUCCCGUUACCUUACGUUGCGUUACCUUAUGUCACGUUAGGUGGAAGAGCUGCAAAAGAGUUUGUCACUCAAGAGCCAGGAAUUGGAGGCAAAGAAUGCUUUAGCCAAUCAGAAGCUGAAACAGAUGGUAAGUAAAAAUUUAAACUUGUUUUCAUGUCAGUUUCCUUACAGCGCGUAAAGUGAUACAUUUGAUUUCUUGUUUACUAUGUUGUGCGAAAUCCUUUAAAAAAAAAAAGACGCUUCCUUUAUUCGGGAAGGACGUGAUAAAAAAAUUGUUUCACGCACAAGUUUGGCUUUUGUUUUGUGAAGUAUUUUUUCCAAACGCAACUCUUACAGAUCAAAGUAGUUUUAAAAAGCUCAUAUGGGGAAUGUCAAGAUAUCAUAAACAGUUUUUGGUUAAUAAAAUGAUGUACUCCAACCAGCCAAGAUGACAUGCAUUUGUAAAUGAAUUAUCAGUAUUGUUUCCUUAUAGUCCUACGGUGCCGAGAACAGGUGGGAUCGUUGUUAUGGACGUCUCAUUUUAUUCCUUUUUUCAAGGUGAAAGACCAACAAGAGGCAGAGAAGAAGAAGGUUACUUCCAUGGAUAUACAAGCAACAAUCGAGGUAAAUAUAGAGCUGCUUAUCAACAUGCAUAUUCUCCCUACUGUUCACUGUGCAUUUCCUAUGGUACUGACAAGGAGAAUUCGUCUAACGAUCACGAGCUUCUUGAGUUUGCGAUCAUUUCCUCUAUUCUCAUUACCUUAAUGUGUGAUUCUGGGAUGAUAUUGUAUGGAGAAAUUAGAUGCCAACCACUCUAAGGGGUUUAAAGGCUAAACAGGCUGGAUAUAACCUAAAAAGUUGAAAAACCAUUAUAGUUUUCUUGUAAGUCUAGAUUUUCUCGUCUGUGCUUCUUAACAAAAUAGGCGUACAAGUCGUAUAAGUGUUCAUUAGUUCUGGUAAUACUUUAGUGAUCGCUAUAAGAACUUUGUAGUGUAGUGAGUGAGUUUUAACUCGUAACAUUUGUUCUGUGACAGAAACAAACUGCAGAGAUUAAAGAGAAGCAAUCCAGUGUGAUGGAUGAACUGUCCAAGGUGGAACCAGCUGUACAAGACGCCAAGAUGGGUGAGUUUGACGAACAACCCAUGAUGGAAAAGAUUGAGAUGAGUUGAAACGGUGGACGAAUUCUGGGCUGAUGUUUGUUCUUAGAUUUUGUUUUUCGCUGAGAUCGUGAUUUAACUUGCUAACUUUUCGGUUUCGUAGAGUAUCAAAUAUACCUUUCCAGCAAUUUGCAGUUUUUUUUUUGUUGUGCCCGUGUUUUUCUUCCACCCCAUUCUCGCUAGCUUUAAAUACAAACUCCAUAACGAGGUUUGUAAGGAAAUGAUUCAAUUAUGGGAGAAAAAUUGAAACACAGUACGGGAAAAUUCGUAAGUUUAAUGAAAGUUUUUUCCCUUUGCAGCCGUAAAGUCGAUCAAGAAACAGCAUCUUGUCGAGGUUCGUUCCAUGGGUAAUCCACCUCCAGCAGUCAAACUUGCACUGGAAUCCAUUUGUCUGUUGCUUGGAGAGCAAGCAGCCGAUUGGAGGACCAUCCGUGGUGUUAUCAUCAAGGACAACUUUAUCUCAACCAUUGUGAACUUUUCCACAGAGGACAUAUCGUAUGUAACAGUUUCAUGAUUUAUAUGUUAAAAGGCGAAUGGUAAAAUUUGACAAUUGGAAUGGAGUGGAAAAAGAUGUUUUCAUCUUGUCUCAAACUUGAGAGAAAGAAGAAAAAUCUUAUCUUCUGCGUGGCAUCGAACUUCAGACAUUCGGAUUCCGCGCUCUGAUGUUCUUCCACUGAGCAACAGAAAACUCGUUGGCGAGAGCCAGGCCAUCACAAGGUUCACGUUUACACGUCUAGCCUAAUUCACCUUAGUUUUUUUUUGUAGCUCACGGUAGAGUCUUAUGGUCACACUUUUAAGUCAUAUCAGGGUCGAAGCCGCAAAUUCACCUUAGAAAAAUUUUUUUUUUAGUUAGAAUCAGCUCAGUAGAGAGGUGGUGGUUGUCAGGACGGACAAAGAGACCAAACAUUUCUUUUUAAAAAACUUUUGGUCGAAAUAUCAAUUCUAAUCUUUAUAUCAGAUAUGGUCAUUGACAUUUUUUAAUUUAUAAUAAUAUGGAAAAAAUCGAUCUUCGAGCCCUGUAUAUGGAUCGAUCUCAAGCUAACUUACAGUGACAGAAAUCUCUUUCCGUUGAGUCUUGGUUUGGAGGGUCGCCUGUCAUUGUAAUUGAUCUUUAAGGAGUCUGUUUUUUAUGUAAAAUAAUAAAUCCAUGUUUUUAAUUUCAAGAGAUGACAUUCGUAAGAUUAUGGUAAACAAGUAUCUUAGCAACCCGGACUACAACUUCGAAAAAGUGAACCGCGCCAGUUUAGCCUGUGGUCCACUCGUUAAAUGGGCUAUUGCUCAGGUAUGCUUAAUCUCAAUUUGAUUCUCCUUACAAUCAGUCAUUUAAUUCCCAUGAUGUUACUUCGGAGAAUUUAGAGUUAAAUCGAGCAGUAUUCGCUACUUUAUAGUUUCCUGUAUAGUCAUCACCUAUUUCCCUUUUAUUUGGUAUGGAAAACUUACGUAUUGGUCUCUCUUGAGAGCGAAAGUUUCAGAUUAAAAAGUUGGAGCCGUGAUUGUACUCAAAUCUAGAUAGAAACCAGCACCAAGAGACUCACAGAUAAAUUUGUGAUGUUUCAGAUAAGUUAUGCGGAUAUGCUGACGAAAGUCGACCCUCUGAGAAAUGAACUGAAGAGUUUGGAGAUUGAAGCACAGGCGAGCAGAAUUAAGGUGAGAUUACUAAUUACCAGUGGACAAAUAAGUUCAGUUGGCCAGAAAUCUCUGAUAUCCUUUUGAGGUUUGUCAAGGAGAAAUCCGUGUGAGACGAUUUCAACCACCCUACGGUAAUAUACUCAGUGUUAACUUGUUAUCUAGUUGGGAAAAAAUAUCAACACUGUGGAAUAAAUGGAAAGUUUCACCUCUGUUUGUUUGAUAUCCUUUUCAAGGCGGACGAGAUUAGCCACGUGAUUGCGGAACUUGAGAAGAGCAUUGCUCGCUACAAGGAGGAAUAUGCGGCACUGAUUAGUCAGGCUCAGGCCAUCAAAGCCGACCUUGCAGCAGUUGAAGCAAAGGUGAUACUUGGAAACUGAAACCUAUACUACCGACUGAGUGUUUCAAUUAACUCUAUUAAGCUUAGAUGAAAGUCUUACUGAAAACAAAGGGUCGUACUGACGUUAAAUCCGUGACAUUUUUAAGGAACAUAAACAUUGACUGAAGCGUUAAUACUCGUAUAAUUCAACAGGAAGUCAGAUUCUCACACUCUAAGUGACUUCUGGAGCGAUAAACGUUACAAUACGCAUGCACGUGAGACAGCGUUCUUGUUAACGUGACCCUAACCCUAACCCUAACCCUAACCCUAACCCUGAAAAGAAGACAAUAAAGGGUGACAUGUUCGUCGUGUUGUAAACCUGGACAAGUUUUGGUGGGAAAUGGGUUAAAACAUCAAUCUAUGUCCUAAAACCUUCACAAUAGAUUUUUGACGCCCUUUCCCCCUCUUGGAUGCCAUACAACCAUCGUCCGGUCAGCACUGCACAUGGGUACACAUUGGCCAAAUACACGAAGAGUAACUAUUUCUUGCCCUUAUUUAGGUCGGAAAAGUGUGACAAAGAUAGCGGUAUUGUUACAGUAAUAGUUACACUGAUGGUGAUGUAAUUACACUGCUACUGAUGUUUUUGUCACACAGGUGAGCCGUAGCACUGCUUUGCUUCGAAGUCUGUCUGUGGAGAGACAGAGAUGGGAGACUGGAAGCAAUGCGUUCCAGACUCAGAUGGGCACUAUUGUUGGAGAUGUGCUUCUUUCCUCUGCGUUCCUUGCCUAUGCUGGUAAGAAAUCACCUUUACGUCUACGCGGAUUUAUUUGGCUUGUCACGCAAUGUGUUUGACAUUGUGUGAUAUACUAGAGUUGAACGAUGCUUGCAUUUUAGUUAGUCCAUAGCCUUUGAGUGGUAAAGUUUCGUGUGAUUAAGUGAUUUUUCAGUAACCUGUUUGUUUGUUUUCAGGUUAUUUUGAUCAACAACUUCGUCAGAAUCUGUUCACCUCUUGGGCUUCUCAUUUGCAACAAGCAAACAUACAGUUUAGACCUGAUAUUGCAAGAGUAGAGGUAAGGUGCUGGAAAUGAAAUGACAUGCUCGAGAAAUGAAACACGUUUCAAAGUAAUUUCAGUAAGUUAAUUACUUAUUUCAUAUUUGCUUGAUAUUCGCAGUAUUUGUCCUCUGCUGAUGAACGGCUCCAGUGGCAGGCAAACUCAUUACCAGCUGAUGACCUGUGCACAGAAAACGCCAUUAUGCUGAAGAGGUUUAACCGUUACCCUCUGAUCAUUGACCCGUCUGGACAAGCCACUGAAUUUUUGCUGAAUGAAUAUAAGGGAAAAAAGAUCAGCAAGACGAGGUAAUUAAGACAAUUUUUACAUUAUUUUUUGAAUGGCUGAGUGGAAUGACAUAGGUUGUAAUCUCAAUUUUUUCCCCGCACGCCCCAAGGGCCUGGGAGUGGGUCAUUUGGCUCUUGGGCGACAGUGAUUUUUUUUUGUUGUGUCCGCCAUUUUGUUGUGUUUUCUCCUCCCCCCUCUUCGCCCCAAGUUGAAAGAUUCAAAUUGUACCGUUUGUAUGGUUCUCUUGACUUUGCAAUAAAGGUGUCGUUGUUGCGGUUAGUCUGAAUUGGCCAGUUUGAGUUUUACUUUUUAUGCUUUUCAUCUUGUAGUUUCCUGGAUGAUGCCUUCCGCAAGAAUCUGGAAAGUGCUCUGAGGUUUGGUAAUCCACUCCUUGUUCAGGUAAGUGCAUUUGUUUAGGAAUAACGAAAAGUGGAUCAACGAAGUUGGUAAAGGGCUUCGAUUUGUCUUCUCUGUGGCUGCAAGGUUCUAUGUUUCCUUAAUCAUUAUUUUAUCACCACCGUAAAACGCCAUACGUUCACUAUGUCAGUCUGAAGCAGUUCUUUUGGUGUUUUUUUAUUAACUCUCUUGUAUUUCUUGUGUUUUACUUUCAUAUCAGGAUGUUGAAAGCUAUGAUCCAAUCUUGAACCCUGUGUUGAACCGUGAGCUUCGUCGCACAGGAGGUCGUGUUCUUAUCACCAUUGGAGACCAAGAUAUCGAUUUGUCACCAUCGUUCACUAUUUUCCUAUCCACGAGGGAUCCUACGGUAAGGAAAAAAAUACUGCAGUAAGCUGAGAACCAUACUAUACUUGGCAUCUCAAACUGAAAAAAUUAAUAAAAAAAGGGAAAAAAGCUGCAACGUUUCUUUGUCCCUUUUGAGAAGUAAUUUAACCCCCAAAGGUACUGAUCCAUACGUUUUUCUCACUGAGCAACCUGGCCUCAUUUGGGUUUAUUUUUAUUGGAUAACGUAAUUUGAAACUUUGUUUAUGUUAAAGAAAGAUGUUUUUUUCGUUUUGUCAAGAGUGUGGGACAUAGGAAUAAAUUCGCAGUCCCCAUGAAGAAUCGAACGUCGAGGUUUUUUUUCUUUUUAACUUUUAAAUGACCCUUUGUGUAACUACAGGUGGAGUUUGCUCCUGACCUGUGCAGUCGUGUGACAUUCGUGAACUUCACCGUGACUCGCAGCAGUCUGCAGAGUCAGUGUUUGAAUCAAGUGUUGAAAGCUGAAAGACCUGAUGUUGAUCAAAAGAGGUCCGAUCUACUAAAGCUGCAAGGUAACUCUAUUUUUUUUUUUUUUUUUUUCAAUAUUUUUCUUUUGGUAAGGUUUAACCUAAAGCAGUAUGUUCUUUGGUUAAAAAAAAAAAAAAAAAGAGCUGUAACUCUUACUCUAUUUCUGUCUCGUUCCCAGGCGAGUUUCAUCUUCGUUUGCGGCAUCUGGAGAAAUCUCUGUUGCAAGCUUUGAAUGAUGCUAAAGGAAGGAUCCUCGAUGAUGAUCGGUAAGAAAGAAAUUUUGAAAAAUGCAACAAGAAACUCGAUGUUCAGGGGUUUCAAUAACUUUUUGCAUUGCUGCCCCUAAGGGAUUGAAUGUAAAGUGGAAUAUGAUCUGAAAGCUUUUUUUGAACUAGUAAGCUUUUGAAAAAGACUGAAGAAGUUCCUUUUAUAUGGAUUUGGAAGAUGAUCUGAAAACCUUAGUUGAAAAUUGAAGACGAUAAAAACCUUGAAAAAUUUAGGCGAUUCUUUCAAGAUUUACCAACAACUAGGAAGCUGACAAUACAAGGCUUACGAAGAAGAAAACUACAGUUCACUUAUUCAAACUCACUGGGGCACUUCAAGAGAAUAGAACCCACUCCUAAAUUGUGGUGAUUUUUUUGUGGUUGCAAAAUAUGCUUAUUCAGCUUUGCUUUGUCUUCUCAGAAUCAUAGCAACUCUUGAGAAGCUGAAGGAAGAAGCAGCUGAGAUCACUCGUAAAGUGGAAGAGACAGACGUUGUGAUGGCUGAGGUUGAAGCAGUGUCUGACCAGUAUGGAGCGCUGUCGCAUUACUGUAGCAGUAUCUACUUCACUAUGGAAGGACUGAACUUGGUGAGAAACGCGAUAGAGCCUGGCGCUAAACCCAGUUCAUCACAACGGUGAACAUGGACAAUUGAGAAUAUCCCAAAAACCAAAGAGAAGUCAAAAGAACUGCCUAGAGCUCCGAAAAACGCGAGUGACAAAGACCAGAUUUGUUGUAGUUCUGUAUGUGAUUGGUCUAAAGAUAAGAAGAGAUUACGUAGACUGCUUUCGAGGAUAACUUGCGCGAAGGGAAUAAAAAUUGAAACAGUUUAAAUGCGCACACACUCGCCAAAGUGUACCUGUAACACCUAUAUCUUCACGGAUCUGUUGCCUUUCAUCUGUUGUUAUCUGACAAUAUUUUUCCAUCGUUUUGCCUUUCCAGGUCCAUUUCCUUUACCAGUUCUCUCUCCAGUUUUUCUUGGAUAUUUUCCAAUGUGUGUUGUACGAGAAUCCAAAACUUCAAGGAAUGAAAGAUCCUCAGCAAAGGUUGAAAGUUCUGUCAAGUGACUUGUUUCAGGUGAGUAAUAGAUCUGAUUAGUAGUUCUCCCUUCUAUCUGCUAUGCUUUCUUUUGUAAGUUACUUGAAAGAAUUUGUUAUUGUAUCAAGGUAACAUUCUCUAGCUGAUGAACUUGCAUAUUCUCGUCACCUAUUUGCUGGAUACUUUCAGGCAAAGUCAAGAGAAGUUACAUGUUAAACGCACAAUGGAGUACAAGUUUUAUUUUUGGUUUCCGUAGGUCGUGUACAACAGAGUUGCCCGUGGUAUGAUGCAUGACGACAGAAUCACGUUUGCCAUGCUUCUGUGCCGAAUCUUCCUCCGUGGACUGCCUGGGUAAGUUGUCGCGAUUACGAAUGAUUGAUUGAACAAUUUUCAAUGAGGUUGCUGCAUUAAGUUCACUUUAGUUUGCCCUUCUCUUGGAAAUUCACGCUACCCUCUUGAGUAAUCGGACGCUUAACCAACCCAAUCUCAUCUUGUUGACUUGUGUUUUCCCGCACGCCCGGCAUUUUGCUUGUUGUUGUUAUUCUGAGUUAUGAUUGGUACCUUGCGCUGUUUCCUUUGUUCUGAUCGGCUGUUGUGACUACCUUGGUUGUGAUUGACAACACUGAAUCCAAAAGCGUUGUAUGUGAAAAAAAUCAGUGCUGCGUUAAAACUCCUAUUUUAAUGUUCAUACUCAAGGUUAAAUCAUCAAACUCUUAGGUUGCUAAAGUCUGAGGUCCGGUUCCCUUUUAGAGCAGACGACUUGCGUACCAUAAUUCAUUAUUACACAUUUUUUAUUUUUUUCCUUUAUACUUUUUAUCACGAAAAUUCACCAUCUUCGCUAAAUGAAAAUUCACCGUCUUUCAGAAUCAUUUGACUCGAUAAUUGUCCUUUCAACUUUUACUGUUGGUAAUUUCAGAUGAAAUUUUAAUGCAGUCAUCAUCUCUGUGCGUACCUCCAUUGAUCUCUUCAAAAUAUUAAAUUAAACCCUCUGAUUCUCUGAUACCUUUAUAGUGAAUCUGAGUAUGAGGACGAGUUUGAGCUGUUUUUGCGAGGAGGAGAAACUGUCCUGUCAGGAAAACCGCCAAAGAUCGAUGGACUCUCACCGGAACAGGUAACUGUGCUUGAAUAUUAUGACCACGCUCUCCGUCUGUCUCUCUGUUGGGCUACCAGUCUUUUUCUUUGUUUCUUUUGGUCUGAUCUGUCUAUGUGCUCUUCCUAAGUGUGAAACAAUAUUUCAUAUUUCUUUACCAGGCAACUGCUGUGGUCCGUCUGUCCAAGUUACCUGCUUUCAAAGAACUUCAGGCUUACAUUCAAAUGAACCGCAAGGUAAGAUAGCAAAAAACAUUUGAGUUAGUUUGACCGUUUCUAUAUGCUUUCCACAUGAGGUAUUUUCGAGUAUUUGAACCUCAAACUCCGAGUUCCCUUAAUAUAAAAAUUUAAAACUGCUUGCUCGAUUUUAAGGUUAUUCCUAUUUUGUUCAUAGGAUUUCUUCGAGUGGCUGGAGUCUGGAAAACCAGAGCGUAAUGUACCAGCCUGUUGGGACUCUGAACUGUCUCUGUGUAAGGACAUUUGCACUUUUUUCAGUCAUGUUGUAGUCUUAGAAACUUAAUCUUACGCCCCAAAUUCCCUUGUAAUUUAAAUUUGGAAUUUCCUUGCAUCUGCUAAGUGCGUUUUAUCCCAUUUAUUCCUCCCACUAGGCUCAAAAGGACGUCGUGCGUGUUUGGAGACCCUCACACCUCGCAGUUAUGCCUCUCCCUCCCUUUUGCCUCGGGUCAACAUCAGUAUCUGGGCAACUGUCCACCUACCCCUCCCCUAACUCAACAACAGUCAAUUGACAACAAGUUAAGGUUAAUGUUGGGUCAGGGGAGGGGUAGGUGGACAGUUGCCCAGAUACUGAUAUUGAUCCUUCGCCUCUGGGCUCUCCUUUUCCCACACUCUAUCUCUGCUUGUGGCGUUUGGGAGUAAGCGUUCCCGUUGAUGGGUCCGAAAUGGGACACAGAUAUCCAAAAUCGUACGCUAGUGUCCAAAUCUGACACUAGUGUCCCAAAUCGGACUCUUGUGUCCAAAAUCGGACACCAGUGUCUAAAAUCGUACACAAGAGCCUAACGAAAUUCGAACACCAAUGCUCAAAAUCAGACGCUAGUAGAGUGUGACACAAAAUCAGUACGAGCUCCAGGGUGUUGGCGGCACGUGACUCACGUGCAGACUCUCUUUCUAGUGGUAACGAAGUAUUGAUUUAAGUAUACGUAACCAUGGCUUCUUUCGUCUUUUUGUAGCAAAUAUUGCCCUGUCAGUCCAUCAGCUGCUUGUGAUACAGGCGUUAAGACCUGAUCGGAUUUUAGCCAUGGGUCAGAGGGUCGUGGGGACAAUACUCGGCGAGAACUUUAUGCAUGAUGCCGAGCAAGGACUGGACCUAGCAUCUGUUGUUGAAAACGAGGUUUGUAUCUAAAACUUGGUCUUAAGGAAAUGAAGAGAAAGUCUCACGGAAAUUUUCUCGAUUGAGUGGUUUGUACCCUAAAAUUGGCUUCAGCUUCUUCCCGUCAGCGUCCAUGCAAAUCAAAAUGCACGGACAUAGUAAUUGAUACAGUGAUUCUCUUUAGGGUUUUCUCGUGGUAAUACGAAAUGAGAUUUUGAUGAAAAUUUUCCAUCUCAACAGGUCAAGUCGUCUACACCGUUGCUGUUGUGCUCUGUGACCGGUUAUGAUGCCAGUGGUUGGGUUGAUGACCUCGCCGCCGAACAGAACAAACAGUGCACGUCAAUUGCUAUUGGUGAGUAACAACUCCACCGUGCAUGAGGCAUCAAAACUUUACAAACGCCAAAGCAUGGUUUUUUUUCCUCUUUAUUUCCAGGAUCUGCGGAGGGUUUCAGUCUUGCUGACAAGGCCAUCAACUCAGCAACAAAGUCUGGAAGGUAUGUCUGCUUUUCUAAUGUUUAAUCUUAAAGCACUGAAUUCUGCGAAACUUACUUCGUCCCUAAUGUAUCUCGUUGCACAUAUUCCUAAAGGUUUCCCUUCCCCCUGCAAUCUCGGAAGUAUUAAUUUGAGCACCAGGUGCAAAGUACCUUCCACAAAUUUAAAGGAUGUCAAAUGGUAUCACACUGUCAUCGUUGCUUCAGAGGAAGGACGACUAAGGGUUAAUUCUGUCCAAUAUUACACCUGUACCUAUCUGUGUUCUAUCCCCCUUUGUCUCUGUUUACUAACAGUCUCUCCUCAUUUCCUUACUUAGUGUUUUCUCUCUUUUUCUCUCUCUGCAGGUGGGUUCUCCUCAAGAACGUUCAUCUGGCUCCACAGUGGCUGGUAACUUUGGAGAAGAAGCUCCAUUCUCUAAACCCACACUCUAGCUUCAGGCUGUUUAUGACCAUGGAGAUAAAUCCCAAGGUACGAGGUGCAUGGAUGAUAACUGUUCGUACGGCUCCGCGAUCAAUCUGCUUUUAGUCGGGGGUACUUUUAGGUGAAAGUGACAAGAGAGUUUCGUGUGACGUCUGUAAAAGGAAAACUUGGAACGAUACUUUCAAUUUGCUGUGUUUCAAAUUGCUGUUUGUCGUUGCUCAAUGUUAUUUGGUUGCGUUUUUUAAUGAUCAUGACCCCCCCCCCAAAAGAGGAUAAAAUAGAAAAUAUUUCUUGAUGUCAUAUUGAUAUCUUUAAAUUGAGAUACUAAGGGUGUGGUUCUGUUUUUGUCCAACGUCAGGUUCCUGUUAACUUACUGAGAGCUUCCCGUGUGUUUGUGUUCGAACCACCGCCAGGCGUGAAGGCCAAUUUACUUAGAACCUUCAGCGCUGUACCAGCCGCCAGGAUGUGCAAGGUCAGUUAUAACCACUACUACUUCAGUAGAACAAAUGAUGUCAUGGUCCAUCUUGAAAAAUAGGUCUCAGAAUGCGUCUUCAUUUCCAAUCCGUUUCAAUCGUCUCCAUCCUCAGCUAUUGUCGUUCCUUUGUAGUUUAUUUUCUCCUCUAGAAUGCUUUUUUUAUCCUACUUAACUGAUAAAUUACGGACUCCGUUAAAUAAAUUUAGUGAGCGAUUUGAUAUGUUGUAGCCUAGCUCCUUUGACUUACGUAUCAUUGUUAUGUUUUGUACCAGGCUCCUAGUGAACGAGCCCGCCUCUACUUCUUAUUGGCCUGGUUCCAUGCCAUUGUUCAAGAACGUCUCCGCUAUGUACCCCUUGGAUGGUCCAAACGUUAUGAGUUUAGUGAGUCUGAUCUGCGAGUCGCUUGUGAUACACUGGAUACUUGGCUGGACGCCAUUGCCCAGGUGCGUGUCAGUUCAAGUCCAAUAACUUUAUAAGUGAAGCAAGUGCGAGAGACUUUUCUAACUUGUCUUCCUUUUGCGUACUCAAACCAUUUACUUUUCCUUCUUUCUUUGCAAACACCCCGCCUCAAAUUCAUCAUCUUCAUUUACAUCAUCAUUGCGCAUAAGUAUCACAUAUCAACAUUCCUAUCCUAACAGUAUGCAGGACCUAGCUAAGCGGCCUUACCUGCCAUGAGUCUCCUAUAGCUCAGUGGCAGAGUAUCCGAAGUACUGAUCGGAAGAUCGUAGGGUUCGACUCAGAUUGGAAGCAGUCGGACUUCUUUUUUCUCCCAGUAUGCCUGUGUCAUUCACUUAAAAGUAUUUUCUUCUGUUUACUUUUUGUUUUACAGGGUCGAACAAACCUGCCUCCCAACAAGGUUCCAUGGGAUGCACUUCAAGCGUUGCUAUCUCAAGCAAUUUAUGGCGGACGAAUUGACAACGAUUUUGAUCAGGUUUAAACUUUCGUUCUUCUCUCUGAAUCGUCACGUUCGUCUUGUAAGAUCAACCCGUCAUUCUGUUAUUUAGUGUAGCACUAUGUCAAGCUUCGUGUAUCGCCUUUCCCUGUUACUAUCCGUUGAAGAUUAGUGCUGUGUGACGCUUGGUUUUGGAGAGUAGUUUUCUGGGACGAAGGUUUUUUUUUUUUUCAAGCUGAUGUAUAAUUUCAACUUUGUUUCUUGUAGCGUCUGAUGACCUCCUUUGUGACUCGCCUGUUCACCGUUAGCAGUUUUGAAUCCGAUUUCCCGUUGGUUCUUGAUGUGGAUGGUGAAAAAGGCAAAAAGAUCGUUAUGCCAGAAGGAAUUAGGUAAGAAACCACACCAUCAAAAAGUACUUUUUCUCUCCGAGCGGUUCAGUGUUGGAAAAACCUAACAGUCAAAAUUCCAUGGACUUUCACACAUGGUUGUUUUUUAAAGUAGUUCACCAUUACGUUCUCUCUUUGAACCGUAUACUCAGGCGAGAACAGUUUCUACAAUGGACUGAAGCUCUUCCUGAUGCCCAGUCUCCCUCUUGGCUCGGCUUGCCCAACAAUGCUGAGAAAGUGCUGCUCACCACACAAGGUUAGAACAUGUACACAUUAACUACUAUAUAUCUAUAUAUAUAAAUCGAAACUGGAAGCAAUAUGAAACUUUUGUAACCUUCUUUUUUCCACUCCUCUCUCUCUACUGAGAAAUUGUUGAUAUCAGAGGCGCUUUUUAUGCAGGUCAGGACAUGGUUACGAAGCUGCUGAAGAUGCAGAUGUUGAGUGAUGACGAUGAGCUUGCCUACUCCCCAGACUCCGCUAGGUAAGAUAUGGCCGUGAUGUCAGAAAAAUUGUUGGAAAUUACAUCAUAAUGUCUUAUUUUUGGCAUAGAGUUUUUUAACGCGGUUUCAUAAUUUUUUUUAACGGAUCGUUGUUAAUAGCUUUUGAUUCUUGAUUAGCUCAGUUGUUCUUAAACUCCAAGUAACCUUUUUAAACUCCAUACGUUAUUAAAUGAUUGGCCAUGUAGAAUGGAAUUGAGGAUAAUGUUUAUAAAUUUGAUGUGAAUCAAAAUUCUUUCGUUGUCUCUUAAAACAAAUACACAGAAACUAACUUUGAGAUUUGGAUUUUGAACAUAAAAAUCAAACAUUCCUAUAAACGAAUUACUCAGGUAAUAAUUUAGCGAAUAAAAUUGGAUAGAAUUGAUUAAAUGACUUAUUAAAUUAUACCCUGAUAAAAGUAACGUAUUUUUUCCUUUCGAUCAUUAUACUAAACAUGAUUAAAUCGUUGCAAUCAUGAGUCGACGGUGGGGUAGUUUUGUGAUGUAUGGAACAUUUAACUAUCAACGAACAUAUAUCGUUCUGUCGACUUAAAUGUUCAACAUUUGAUAAUGUUUUUUUUAAAGUGUUCUGUGUCAUGUGAACUGCUCUAUUAUUUUUUUUCACUUUUCUUUUUCUUUAAAUCUUUUAACCACUGUCAUUUCUUUGUUUUUCAUAACCACUUAUCACAAUCCAUUUGUAUUGCACAUGCUCGCUGAUGUAAUGAUUCUCUUAACAGCUAAUGUCUAAUACGUGGAGCGAUUAUUCCAUUCGAAUUAGAUCGGACUAUAAUCUGAUCAAUCUUGAUCGUUUAACGCAACUGAGAAAGUGGCUUUUCGUGGGAAUCUUCCAGUAAUUAUCGAGGGUUUAGCGGUGCUUUCAAUGCUGUGGGAUUCUUGACAUCUUUCACUCGUGGCUAUAACAUCGUUUAACAAGUCUUUGGAACUGGCGAGGUGAUUUCUUCUGCGAAUUGUAAAACGCGACAGCUAAAUUCAAUCUUGUUUCUCGAUCUCUGCUCUAUUCCUCGAAAUCUGUUCUGCUUCUGCAACGUUCAAACUUCAUGCAUGUUAAACGUUUUAUUUAAAGCCCAGGGCAGCCGCUUGAAGCCGUGUUCCCAGCUAUCGUGUAUGGAAGUGACGAUGAGUAAGUAAAGGCUUUAUAAAAUGGAAAUUAUAGUACGCUUGCUGUGAUUGGCCAAGAAGCCAAUGUCGGUUGCCAAAAUCGUCUAGAAUAAAGCGCUUUGAGCCAGUACGGUAAGGGAAUUGAAGUAAAGCUUGAGAUACCAGGGCAGUUUAGGUAAAUAAGCCAAUAUUCCUAAACGAGAACGCAUCUGUUACUCUCCCACGUAUGUUUUUUAACGCACGAGCUUGAAAUGUGGUAAGUUUGCAAGAUCUCGAGUGCCUGCAUCACACAGUUUUUCUUUUAUUUUUUUUUUUAACAUGCUUCAUUGUCAUAUCGCUUUUGUUUCAUCAUUUUCUUAUUGUUUUGUUAUUUUGAAAAGCUUUUUCUUUUAUUUGCGUCUAAAAUCAAUGUUGUAAAUGUAACUUUUCCCUUAAUUUUCAAGUAUUUUUAGGUUACAAUUUAAACUCUGGUAUUAUAAAAUUUUGUAUCGUCAACGUUAUCAUGUUGAGCUUUACACAUCCGUUAAACUGGUACCUCACGACUAUUUGUUUUCGCUUUUGUUCUUAAAAAAAAUCGAUUUAAACUUAAAAAAUGCAAUUUAAUUACAUUUAAUGAAUUACCUGAACGUCUAAAAGUAAAUUCGUUAAUCAAAUUGGUUGGAUGAAAUGAGUUAUCUCACUCAAUUUUUUUAUCGAUUCUGAGCCAACCUGGCUGAGAUAUGGAAACGUAAACCCCCCAGGGGAAGUGUAUUGAUUGAUAUGAUAAAUGUGGGGGCCAAUCAGAUUGAAAGUUAAAACGGUGGAGAGCAAAAUUGCAUCCACUCUUCAGUCCUGUAUACCGCCGCAGUUUCCAAUUGAAUAUCGACAGUUAUCCGAAAUAUUUUGGUUUCACAUUUCUUCGCUCCGUCAUUGGUCUUGGAAACUCGUGUCACCACCUCAACCAAUCAGAUGCCAGACUUAAAACAUCAACGGCGUGGUCAUUCGCGUUUUCCCGCGCUUCAAGCAGUUUGCUUGUUUUCACUUUGAGUUCUCAUUAGCUAAUGGUGAUACGAACCGCGGUAAUGACUUUGGUCUUUGGCCUUUGGUCUUUGGUUUUAGCUUUUCUUCUCUCAAAUGAAUACCGCUCUAAUUAUGUUUCAAACUUUUUUACAACAGAAAGAGAAGAGAGAGUGACCCGCGUCCGGCCUGGAUGAGAACCUUACAUACCACAGCAGCCAAUUGGCUGAGCAUGAUACCCAAGGUAAGCAUUUUGGUAACUUCGGCACUGACUCGUGAGGAAAAAAAUAACGUCAGUUUGUAACAACAUUUUACGGUGCCUUUAUCUUGUUUUAGAUUUCCUUUUUUUUUUUUUUUUUUUUUUUUUUUAAUGGAUGGAUCUACCUCGUGCAUCGUGGCUCUUGAAAAUUUUAGCCCAGCUUCGUCAUUUGCAAUCGACUUUCUUCUUAAACAUCCAGUACCGUCCAUGUUCCAUGUUGGUUUGUUAUCAGCUUGCGUUCCUCUCUUACACUUUCUUACCCUUCUUACACUUUGUCUCCUACAAGCAAAGGCAGGUUUGCACGCCGCAUGAAAAUGACUCAGUCUCUAAACCUCUGCCCACACGUAUUUAUUUUCAUAAAAUUAAGUAUUUUAUGCAAUUUUUUUUCUAAUUGAUUUCUUCAUAGGAUUUGACUCCCUUGAAGCGUACCUUGGAGAACAUCAAGGAUCCGCUCUUCCGCUACUUUGAACGCGAAGUGAGUUACAGUUUAAACAGCUGUUACUUUGAAUCCAUUUUGCAGGGUGAUUGGUCCAAAAAAUUGCGCCACUUUCUCAACUGAUAAGAUUCAGAACUGGCGUUUUCCUGCGCUCCAGGCGGUUUGUUCGUUUUCGCUUUGACCUCUUAUUGGCUUCUUGUGAUAUUUUCCUUUCUUCUGAUUGGUUGUGAUUGCUUUGGUUUUGGUUUACGACACUCAAUCGAAAAGCGCUCCGUGACAACUUAGUGGUGAAGCAAUCUUGAGAAAAACUCGUUUAAGACCAAAUGGGGCAAGACGCGCAAUCUGUGCAAACAAUGGGGUGUAGCCACGAUGUAAACGCAUUGAUCUUUUGUAUUCUUUCUUUUUAGGUUAACACUGGGUUCCAGUUGCUAAGCACCAUCCGAGAGGACCUUAAUCAUAUUGUACUCGUGUGUGAAGGCCAAAGGAAGCCAACCAACUAUUUACGACAACUUAUGAGUGAACUUGUCAAAGGUAGGAAGUGUUUCGUUUUCAAGAUGGUGCUUGAUUGUGUGAGACGGAGAACUGACGUUUGUGUAUGAUACCUGCAGUACCUGGAGGUUUCGCCCCAUUUGAAGUUCGCCCCCACUAGUUCGCCCUAUUGAAUACAGCCCCCUUUUUUACUAGUUCGUAUAUAAACACACACAACCCAGAACUCCCUCAUUCGCUCUGACGAAGGGCUAACGCUCGAAACGUCAACUUUGAAACUCUUUCAGGGCGUGAAAUUAAUUUUUUUCUGAUAGCCACUUGCCCCCUAAAUUUUUCAAAGUGUUAGCCAAUUCAAAAAAAGUUGGUCGCCAUUUUUAAAGACACAUAAAACCUUUUUUUAACGCUGUCAGCAUUCUAGAUAGACCCUCCAAAAUUAAGUUAGGGAAAAGAUCUUUAACGUGCUACAAAUUGGACACGAGGAUGUCCAAUUUAGUUCACUUUAUCUCUAAAUAAGGUUAUGAUGAAGUAUUCUAGUCGCCAGUUUGGAGACUAAUUUUCAGGAUUUGGUCGCCAAAGUGAAAAAUUUAGUCGCAUUGGCGCAUGUAUUGGGCGCAAUUUCACGCCCUGUCUUUACGGUGGCCAAUUUCCAUUAUCAACUCAAUUGAUAAAACCAAAAUCAUCUUGUUUUACUCUCUUACGGUCGCAAAACCACAGUUUCUUCAGAAACUUACCCUCUUUACAAGUUCGCCCCUGAAUCUUUCACCUCAUUACCUUCAGGCAGACCGUGUCCUUUUCCUGACGAAUGCGACAUAUUUUGAUCCUCACCAAGGCGCUCAUUAUUCUUCCCUUCCUACAAGGGAACGCGUUCUGCCUUAAGGAAACGAGUUGAACAUAUGGGGGGUGAACUGGUAAAGACGGGGGCGAAGUUGUCAUAUUUGAUGAGGCGAACUCGUCGUAUUGAGGUGAACCAGUUGGGGGCGAACUUGCAAUGAAGCGAAACCUCCUUUAAUCAUGUCUUCGCUAAGCUGAAUAGCUUUGAUCUUACACUUUCUGCAAAUGGGACGGACCACUGAUGUAUCCAAUGACAGUGGAGGGUUACCUUAUCCCGUCUCUAUGCUUUCAGGUAUAUUGCCGUCAAAUUGGAGGCGCUACACUGUUCCUAAAGGCCUCACUGUUCUUCAGUGGGUCGCAGAUUUCAGUGACCGCGUUAAACAGCUGCAGAAGAUCUCACACGCUGCCAAUACUGAUGGAGCAAAGGGUUUAAAGGUGUGUUACUAUAGGACAGGAAAGAGUAAGAUUUUCAGGGGCAUAAAUAUAAUUUUCCAGUUCAGUGGGACCUUUAGAGGCGAAGUACUGUCAUACGCGAAAAGGCCAUUUUUUUUCCCUUUGUUUUCGUUACAGUAAGUUUUUUUUUCCCGGAAAAAACCAUCUCCUCUUUAAAUAAAUGAGUGUAACCCCUGACUUACGCCUUCUUCAGCCGAGCAGUAUUGGUUUUGUGUACUGUUUGCUUGUGUUUUGGUUUUUGUGGAGAGGUGUUGGGCAUCAGUUUCAGCCUUACGGAACAGUUAGAGGAAGUUCAGUUUCAAAUACGAGUAAUAAGACAGAGAUUGAUAAUUUCGCGCACUUAACUGGAAUGAGCACGAAUUAAUUUUGCUUCCCUUUUUUCCCCUCAGAACCUUCACAUUUGGUUGGGUGGAAUGUUCGUUCCUGAAGCCUACAUCACUGCUACUCGUCAGUUUGUUGCUCAGGCAAACAAUUGGUCUCUUGAGGAGCUGGCUUUAGAGGUACAUCCUUUGCUAAAUGGCAACGUUUAUCCGUUUUUUCGUUUGUUCGUCUGUGCGUCUGCUCGUUCGUUCGUGUGCUCGUUUGUUCGUCUGUUUGUUUGUUCGUUUGUUCGUUUGUUCGUCUCUUCUUGUGAUCCUUUGUUCGUGUGCUCGUUUGUUGUUUUAAUCGUUCGUCGCCUUUCGUUGCUCACGCGAAAGACUAACGCUCGAAACGUCAGCUUUAGAAGCUCUCUAUUAUGGCCAGUUUUCAUUAUCAACUCAGCUGAUAAAACCAAAUUGCCUUUUGUUUAGGUCACCAUUGCCAGUGGUCCUAACGAUCGGUUGACUAUUGACGACUGCAGCUUUGGAAUUAAAGGUAAGAAAGAUUGCAAAUCACGCUGAAAAGCUCGAUCUUCUAAAUUUUUGGUACGCUAGUGUCCGAUUUUGAAUUUUGGUCAGUAUUGUCCAAUUUUUUUGUUUUGAACACUAGUGUCCGAUUUUAGAUUUGGACACUAGUGUAUGAAUUUUGAUUUGGACACCAAUGUCCUCUUUUUGAUCUUCAACACUAGGGUCCGAUUUUUCAUUUUAAACACUGGUGUUUGAUUUUUCAUUUUAGACAUAAACGUCCGAUUUUGAUCGGACAUUAGUGUCCGAUUUUGGACACUUGUGUUCAACUUUUUAUUUUGGACUCAAGUGUUCGAUUUUUUUCAUUUUAGGCAUUGGUGUCCGAUAUGGAUUUUGAACACUUGUGUCCUAUUUUUUAUUUAGACACUACAGUUUAUAGUAGCAGAUUGAUUUGAAAAUACCUCUAUUGUUUAUCUCCUCAGGAAUUAGAAGGUUUAAUCAACAAAAUCGAAAUAACGAAACAUUUUUUCUUAUGUCUGACAACUUUUUACUUUGUUACUAAUUUGUUAAGGUUUGAGGCUUCAAGGUGCCCGUUGCCAAGACAACAAGCUGGAGCUAACGGCAACAAUUUCAACAGACCUCGCACUGACAAGUCUUAAGUGGAUCAGGUAUCGUGUUUGAGAUUGAUUUCUUUGGAUUUACCCUUAUGAGUUUAGAACUAACUUUUUGGGUCGUCCUCCAAAUCAUUUGACCAUCAAAUAUCCCACAAUUUGUUCGUGAAAACAGCUUGUUGGUGCGGAUAUCCUCGUGACCCACCUGAGGUAAUUCUACGUAUGCCCUUGACGUAACGCGCCAUGGGACACUGAACGCAAGUUUCUGGUCUUUCGAAGCAUUGGGUUUCAAAAGCUCACUGCGGAUGAUGUUAAUAAAGAGACCUUUCGAUGGGUGGUCACCAAUUUUCGUCACGCGAUCUCCUUUGUUUCCACAUAUGAAACACGAGGUUUGCGUAGAUCGCGCGAAACUCGUGUGACUUCAUUGUACGUGCCUCUUGUGAAGCAAAGGAAAUAGAGUGAGUUCUCCAGUUAUAUUAUGCAGGAUGCAUACCUACCCUUAAAGCAACAGCAUUGAGUUGUUUUUAACGUAUACUUAGGCAGUAGAUUUGUGUCCGCGUAUCGAUUGAAGUAAAUAUAUUCAUUGCUUGGCAUUAAGGAGAGCCCUGACACAUUUUCCUUUCCGAAUUUUUAGAGUUGAACCAGGAUCUGCAAACCUUGAAGUAGGAAAAGUAAGUGUCAGGUUUCUAUUUCUCUCUGAGGUUUCUUUGUUUGUUCGUCACAAUUAUGACCCUCUCUUCUCCCAUUCCCCAUUUCCCAGUCCUCAUCUCCCCAUCUCCCCCCCUCCCCCCCUCCCCGCCUCCCCGCCUCCCCGCCUCCCCACCUCCCCAUUUCCCCACCUCCCCACCUCCCCAUCUCCCCACUUCCCCAUUUCCUAUCUCCCCAUCCCCCAUCCCCUAUACUCCUCACCCAUCCCCAUCCCCCAUUCCCUAUUCCCCAUAUCCCUCUCCCAUUCCCCAUUCUCCAUUCCCCCAUACCCACCCCCACCCUAUUCCACAUCCACCCCAUCCAACUUCCCCACCCCCUCCCCAUCUAGAUUAAAUCAGACUAAUACGAGAUACAAGUGACGUUAGCACGAGGGAGUGAGCCUGGCCUGGUCUCCUCUCGUCGACGAACCAUUUUAGGUUCAGAAUCGAACUUAAAGUAGGUUUCUAUAGCUUUAAUAGUUGUUUAUAAAUCGUCUGUUUCCUUGGAUAGAAUCAGGCUCUCAGAGAGUUAAGUGUCAUCAGUGAGCACAUCUUGCUAACAGUUACUCCCCUCCCCUCUUUCAAGGUCACCCUCCCCGUGUACCUCAACCACACACGAACUGAGCUCCUCUUCACCGUCGACAUGACAACCAGAGGAGAAGCUGCUGGUCGAGAACACCGCUUUUAUGAGCGAGGUGUGGCUUUCUUGGCGUCCUCCUUGAGUGGAUAA